GGAGGAGUGUUUGUCGGGCAGACAGUCAGUCAGUCAGUCAGUGUGGACCGGAGUCCCAGCGGCAGUUUUGGAGAGUCUGAGCCGGGAAAACUACGUCAAAUACGGGAGAAGUCAAACGGGGGAAUCCGCGAUGAGUUGGGGAACGGAGCUUUGGGUGAGUUAAAACUCUUUCCUCUGACUGUCUGCGUUUAAAUUCUGCUUUUAUCGCGCUGGCACAACAGGACGUUGACUUGUGGGACACAGGGACGGAGGAAGGUGCCGUGUUACCUUGUAGCUUUGUGCUGUGAGGAGGCGUUAGCUGUCCGCCUGCGCCGUUAGCCGGUGUUAUGUCGUAGAAUGCACCCCUACCGUAGAAUCUACCCCCUGCAUCCCAUCCACUCAUUAGCUUCUUAAAGUGGAAGAAAAUGAUCUCAUAUUUAAAAAAACGACAAGACAACAUGUCAAAUGGAUUAGGAAAUUUUCUUUUUGUUUUUAUGUGUCAUAAUAAUGCACAUAUGGAGUUGUACUUGGGUAUAUAAGCUGUACAGUAAACUGUCAAGGUAGAGAACGGUAUAUUUUCGGAUUAGAGGGUAUUGUUUUCGUCUUAUCUGAAUAGCUUGAAUGAAAUCAUGAAAGGCACCGGCUUUGUAAUCCAUCCAACUGUGAAGAAAACUUGAAUUAUUUCGCCUUGUUGCGUACUUUCAACCGCGCUCUCGUAAGGGGUUCAUUCUUCGGCAGGGGUGCAUUCUACGCCACAACACCGGCCAGCGCUAAAGCUAAUGCUAAAGCUAAUCCGCGGUGCACCUUAACGGCUGUGACAGCGGCGGAACAAUAGGCGAGUCUGCCGACACACGGGCACCGGAGCCCGGGGCAGGAGGGAGGGGGUGGUCAGACUGCUUUCUUCGCCUUUUCACCUGUCAACUUCAGUCAUUUUUGCGCUGCUUAAUUUAUAUUUUCACAUUGACCGGCAAGUUAUAAAGUAGUAUGUGGACGUUUCUUGUUUUUUUUGUGAGUGUCACACCCUGUUUGAAAGAGAGGCUGGCAGGGAUUCCCGGUAACAGGGCGGAGAGGCGGUGUGUGAUCCGGGUUCACCGCCAUCCUGCUCGGUCCCUAUAAAAUUAACAACAAUUUACACCCAGUUCAUCCGGUAACUGUAAUGCCAUAUCACUCCUCUUUGUUGUCAGUGUUUUGUCUUAACUUCCAUACCAUAAAAUUAAGCCUAUUGACCCCUAAACUCAACGAAUGGCUGAAUGAAAAAUAGUAUUUAAUCUAUAUUUGUUGAUUUUUAGUUAAAAAUACAAUCCCAGAAACACUCACUAUAGCUGCUGCUCCUUUUCCAACCCCAGAGUAGAUUGCAUACCUCAUGUUUAACAUUAUUAACACAACACUGGGUUUAUUUGAUUGUUUGGUGCAGCUCAGAUCAGAUUUUCAGUCUGUUCUCUUGAAUCAGACUCUCAGCUGACAUUAUGGCGAGCAUCAACCUUUGAUUUUUGGGGUGUUGGCCAUGGUGAGCCUUGUAACCAGAGAGGCAACCAGCAGCAGCAGCAGCAGCAUCCCCUGUGGGUGUGUUUUAAUCUGUGUGUGUGUGUGUGUGUGAGAGCUGUGAGUGUGUGUGUUACUCCUUCAGCUGACCUCAGUGGUUUUAUCUGCAGUUUCAUACAAGAUCAUUUUGAGCUCAAAUGAAACACAAAUUUGCCUCCACAGACAAAGGGAUCAGUAUUUGUGUAUUUCUGUGAUUGGAGCUGAUUUUGUAGUCGUGCGUAUGAUCCAUCACGAUUUCACUCGUAUUUUGGGGGGUCUGGCUCAUUUAUGUUAUUCAUAUUUAUGCGUCUUUCUGGGGGGCAGGUUUAUGUCUGCUGUGCAAGUUCAUGUUCCCAGGUCUCGCUCUCCAAAUCAAAACUGGUUGAAGGAAAGACUUAAUUUAGAUUUUUGCGUAUUAAUGUUUGCCUUUUUAAAAUCAAGAGAAUAUCAGAAAACAGUUUGAUUCUUGAAAAUAGAGCAAAGCAACUAUAGAUGAAAGAAAUGCUCCACCGAUAAGCUUUACCUCAGUUAGGCUUUAACUCAUGAUAGUAUCAGUAUCUCUUGAGCUGUCAGCAAUUUUGCAGAGUUGAAUUAAUAGUAAUUUGUGCUGCUUGUGUUUAUUACAUCUGGAAAAUAUCAGAUCUCUGCAAAAUUCUGUGAAGGAUUAGGAUUUGCAUUCACAGCUUAGUGUGCGUAAAGCACAAUGCUCACUUGUUGUUUUGCACAUUGUGUGAAAUUGACUCUUUGUAUAUGUAUGAUUUACCCACUGAGCAAUAGACGGCUAUUAGACAUAAAGUUGUUUUUUAGACCUAAUUUCAACCGUCUAAAUUCUGUAUAUCUGUAGACGGAAUUUAGACGUUGCACUUAAACCUGCUAUUCGAUAAAUAUUUAUUUUAAAAAGCAACUGUGAGUUUAUAACUGAUCUCCAAGUACUAAACCAAAAUAAUUAUGAUAGCCAUUGAGCAAUAUUCUGGUAGACCUCUGUUAGCUGGCUAGUCUAAACUCGGUCUAAAUUUAGACAUCUGAAAACUUUCAUUUUUAGACCUGUGGUAGCCUGAUGACCAGUCAUCUAGACUACAUUUUAGACGUCUAUUAGACCUCUUUUAGACCAAAAAAUGCUUGGUGGAGCAUUUUGUAAUUCUGUAAUUUUUGCAGAAGCACUAGGGAACUAGUGAAGACAGUUAGGUAUGCAUGAAUUGAUCUAUUUAAAAGGGGAUUGAAUGCUAGUGCAAAGACAAAAAUGGAUUAAAUGUUGGUUUAAAAUUAGGAUUGGGGAAAAAUUCAUUACGCAAGUCCAUUAAGAUAAAAACGAGUGAUAUGCCGUAACAUAAAAAGACUAGCAUAUGCUCAUUGACUCGGUCAUUUAAGCCGUUUCAUUCAUUCAUUCAUGUAUCGUGUUUUUGUCUCCGCUGAGCAGAGAUGCUGCCUGAAGGUCGUCAUAAUCCUCUGAGUCCACUGAUGGGAUUAAUGCGUCGGCUGUCCGAUUACACAUGAUUGGCUGUCUGAUGUCAGAUUAUGGAUUAUUGUCCGUGAGAUUAGAUGUUGCACAGAUGAUUGCCUCUUGUGUUAAACAGACUGACUCCUGAGCAUCAUUCACACUGACUGUAGGCAUUACUGUCGAGUUUAUUCUGUGUUUUAAACUCUGAGCGUUCACAAAGGGUUUACCGCUCUAGUAGCAGAGAUUACAGUUGUUUCCCAAAUAACCUUAAAGUGACUAAUUGGGUUAUUCUCGUGUAAUUCCAAUUAAGAUGGCUUUAAGGGGUCAGAUUAUGUUCAAAACUGUACAUCUAAACAGAUUUCUCUAAAGGUCUGUUUAACUGUUAUCUCGAUUCAGGCCUUAUCUACCUGUUACUUCCUAAUCUAGGGAUAUAAAGAAACGGCAGUACAGGGAAGCAAAGCGAGAAUUUGGGGAAGUAUCACUUUCUGCAGAUUCUAAUAAUGUCUUUUAGUCCUAUAUUUCAUUAAGAAAGGUUAAAAAUUGUUGAUAGCACGUGUGAAACUGAGUCAUGUUUCAAUACAGUGUCAAACCAACACUAUCAAAUAAGGAUCACAUGAAUUUAUAUUCAUUUUUUUGGUUGUUUGCUUGUUGCGUAGUCAGGACCAAACUACCCUUAUGAGGCAUCUUACAUGACAUGCAAAAAAACAAUUUAGCUUGUAUUAUUAGGUUAAAUAUUUCACAUCUGCUUUAAGUUUGCGGUGAAUUGUUUUUUGGGACAUCUGAAAAGUCUGAACCCUGAUUUUAAGAAGUGCAUAUCAACCCUGAACUGAACGUUUGUCUGUUUCCUGAGAUUAAAUGAAAACUGGCAAAUUUUUCUGUAUUUAAAAAACAAAAUAUUUCAACUCUGGAAACAUACUUAAAGAUAUUGCUGAGUAACCCUUGUAUUGAACAUAUAUUGUGAGUUUCUUGACCGUUCACAUUUCCUACGACAUGCUGAUCUCCCCCUUUGUUUGAUAUUGUAAUAUUUCAAUAAUGAAAAAGUCCAUUAUAGCCUCCUAAAGGCAGAGCUUUUGAGUUUUCAACUUUAAGGUUUGAUAAAAUUUCAAAAACAGAACUUAAAUCAUAUAGGUAUUCUUUGUCAAAGUUGUUUCUUAUGGAUUAGAGAGUUUGAUUAAAUUUUAACAGAAAAAAACACAUAAAUCUGAUUUUCUGAAGCACGUUUUUCUCCGAUUGUGUCUUCAUAGAUGUUUCUUUUUGUGUUGCAUCACCUCAGCAGUAAACAAUCCAUCAGCGUUUGCCUCUUUAUACUCCAUCAAUAGGAAUAAACACAAACAGCAUGACACAAAUAAAAAGCAUCCAGCACUCAAGGCAGUAUCAGAGCUCUCAGUUUAGUUCGGCGCCUUUUGCUUUUGCCCUGUGUUUUGGCUCCGGUUCAGCUCUUUGAGAUAUAACAAAGCAAGCGAGGAACAUCCUAUUACCACUCUGGCUUCCAGCCCUCAGAGACGCACACAGAAAGUAGGAAGUGUUUGUCUGAAUUGAAGCUCUGUGUGCGUUUUGUGUGUGUGUGUGUGUGGCUGUGUGUUGAGAGCCAGGAUGCUGCCAUGCUGUGCUCUGGUCUGUCUGGUUGAGGUGAGCCGGAGGCCAGCCGAGGGGAGCAGCCAAGUAUGACGGGCGGGCUUCUCUGCUGAGCGGCCAAACUGAAAGACAAGGAUAAGGGGAUAAAGGAUGCAAAGGUGGAGGAGAGACGACGGACUCUGAACGGCCGGCUAGACUUUUGAGUUUACUUUGAAGUCUGUCAGCUGUUAAAUGGACGGGACACCGAAGAGCAAUUGUGGAAAAGCAGAUCCAGAGCCGUGAGCAGGUUUUACCCUGCAGGCUGAGGAGUCAUGGAAAUGGCUUUUCUUUGUAUGUUGGGUAGAAUGGAGGGAAAAAAAAACUAUUGCAGUCUUCCCUCAGGUGUCCCAUGGGAGGUGUUGGGAGUACUAGGGUUACACAUGAACCAUUUUGUACUAAAAUAGAAAGAAAAAAGCAAUCUAUUUGGCAUCAGGUGGUUAUAGAUUCAAGAAGAAGAGUGCUCGAUAUUUCCUCUCAUAUCUGCAUUAUUUAUAGAUCACAGACAGCUCCAUAUAGAGGUCUAGAGGGAUCUCCUUUUACUGAAAAUGCCCGGCUCUUUAUCCUCUGAAUGGGACAGAAUCUCACUCUAUGACGUUGUCUGAUCUUAGGUACUCUUAGACGGAGUAGGGAUGGGAAACAAGAGCCGGUUCUUGUUGAGAACCGCUUCAAAAUGGUUCAAUCCAUCGACAUCGUUUACAUUUUAUCUUAAUGAUUCCUUUCUUCCGGGUGCCAUGAAGUAAGACAGAGUAAUAAACCUUCACAUGUUUUACCAUCAGACUGUGAGGCUCUAGCAGGUCUGGUCACAUGGUUCUUGUUGUUUGGGAGGGCAGUACUCUGUGUCUCAGCAGACCCCAGCAGGUGUGAAUGAAGUCAUGUUGGAGCUGGGGGCGCUGGUCUGGACACGACAAGCUGUUGCGGCCCGUCAUGCCAAGCUCUAAAGAGUGUGGAGGAGAGGCUGUUUCUGUGGGCGUGAGAGAGAGAACAUGCCGAUUUUUUCAGCUCCGGUUGAGUGACGAUGAUAGUGAAAGCCCUUUUUAGUUAGUUAGUGUCCUGACCGUGAGGGAGGAUGUCUCUGUUAAUUAGUAAAAUUGUGCUAACACACUCCUUUAAGAGCCAGGGGAAAGACGGAGAUAGAAAAGAGAAGAGGUGGAGAGAGAGGAGGAGUGAAGACAAAAAAACAAACUCAUAAAGAAGAAAAGACGGAGGAGGUUUGAUAACAGGAGCAGAGGGGCAGAUUUUAAUAUGACUGGAGGUGAGUGUAGAUGGACAGAGCGGAGUUUACAGACAUGAUAGAUGAGUUGAAAGUUUAAUGAUCCCGGUGGAGCCAUCAGCUGCUGCAACACAAAGUAGUAACAGGAUACAUGAAGGAUGAAAUCCUGUGAGUCAGAGUCGAGUGAAAUAAAAUUUUGACUGAAUAAACAGAUCCAAAAGUUCACUCAUGGUCUUCUGGGACGGAGUAAAACGCAUUAGAAAGCGUGGCAACAUUCGAGCAUGACUAUCUGACCUGACAUGACCUGACCUGACUGUGGUGGAAGGGCGGGUUUGGGGCUGAGACAAACACAAACACCGAUCUGCUGCUUUCUUCCUCUGUCCCCUCGGCUCCUCUCCUCUCCCUUCCUUUCCUUUCCUUUCCUUUCCUUUCCUUCCUCUCUCUCUCUACCCGUUGCUUCACUCCCUGUCCUCCCUCUGGAUCCAACCCGCCAGCUGUUUGGCAGUGAAGCUCCUCUUGGACUCAGUCCCCAUACCACCGGUACUCCUUCAGAUCAGCGCUGUGACCCUGAAUAAACCUGUUUCCUGUCGGUCUAAAUGUGCCAACAACAUAUGUAACAUGAUCCGGUAUUAACGCCAUAUUUACAUUUUUGAACAGAACAAAAGGGGUGAAAGAAAAGUUAAUCUAUGUAGAGCAUAGACCUGCAAAGUUGAUUAUUAACUCGUGUCGUAAAACCUCUCAUCGUUUAUCAUCAUUUCUUUCCAGGAAGUAGAAAUCUGAAUCAGUGGAGACAGAAACCGUUUCCAGACGUCUCAGAGUCAUGACUUGUUUAGAUGCAGGGCUUUGGUCAGAGCUGUUGCAGCUGUGUUCACUGUCUGCUGUCUUCCAGGAGUCAGCCUGCCUGUCAACUGUUUAUUAGUCAGUUACUUUAUUAGCCAGCGGACAAAAAUGCAGCCUUCAGAACGCGUGGAAAAUUGGAAGAUGGGGGGAAUUUUUCCCUACGUCUCCAACCCCAUCAUUACACUAAAUCCUCUGCUGGAUUUCUGGCUGCUGUCAAUCUGAGGCUAACUUGUGUAACAUGCUGACAGACAGUAAUGUAGUGUAGAUUUUACACUGACAGAAAUCUGAAGCCUGACCGUGGCGCUCAGCAACUUGAAGGAUCGGUUAAAGAUCGAGUACAGGAACAGUCGGAGAGCAGAGAUCCUUUAGUAAGUCAUAAUUUUUUGAGUUUUAAAUUCACAGAUUAGGCAAAAACUGAUAUUCCACUCUGACAUGUGAGACAGAGUCUGUUUUGGGGAGUCCUCCAGAAAAAGAGAAAGACUCCCUGAUGAUGAUUUCCACUGUGUUCUUCUGCAGAAUCCAAAACAGAGUCAACCUAUGUUUGUAUUCAAAGUUGUAACGCACAGACCAACUGUGUGCAGCUCAUUCGCCUGAAGUCACACCGUCCCUAGUUCUUUUUUUCCCCCUGAAUUAGCAUCUGUUCAACCAAACCAGCACUCUACAUGAUUUCAUACGAAGCGCUGUAGUAUUUAAAUGCACCAUUAUGAUCCAGUGAAGUAAAAAAGCUGAUAAGAAGUGAUCUGAUCUGCAUGUCCUACAUAUCCCAGCAUGCUCUGGGCUGUAAAUUUUCUUUAAACACGUCAGAAAAUCAUUCAUACAGCGUAAAUGUUGAUAUUAGUGGUUGGGCGAUAUGGUGUUUUAGUGGUUGUUGAAGAUGCAGAUGAUGACAGAUCAGGUCAGCUGAUGGCAGAUAUCAUGUAUGAUUGUAACGAUAACAGCCAUUAAAGGGUGGGCGAUAUGGCCUCAAAUCAAUAUUUCGAUAUAUUGAGUUCAUUCAUUGAGUUCUACGGCCAUUAUUUUAUGCUCAUUACAAUCUCAUAUAUGUCAUAGAGUUCAGAGUAUUUAUGUCAGUGUCAAUAUAAAACCUUAUAAUUCCAUGUUAAAGAACAUAAUUUACAUCAAUUUUUGAAUGGAGAUAGAUUGAUAAAUGUUCAAAAGUUGAUAUCCUGGAAAACACACACAAGCAUUAAACCCAACAGUUUGGGCUAAAGGAGUCCUCUGUAGCUUUUUAUACAUUUUAUAUAAGUGUAUUAGUCUUUGGUGACCCUGCAUGGUGAGAUUAUUGCGUCCAACCGUUCCCGUUUUCGACUCUGUGACGUAGAAGUGAGAUGUCUCUCAGCUGAUGUCCUCAUGGUUUCUGUGUACUAAACACACCAGCUGCUUGUUAAACCUGCUCACCUCUGCCACACUGAUGCUAUCAGCUCUGUGGACACUCAAAGAUGGUGUAUGGAGAAAGAGACUCGAGUUUUUAAAGUUGUAGUUGGUCUAAAGUCACUUUUUUUACAGACAGUUUCACCACACUGUAAUAAAUGUGGCUCCUUUUGCCUUUUAGAAACCAGACUGCUGAAUUCCCUUCUUCUCUGACUCAGACUUUGUUUAGGGCUGACUGAAGACUGCUCUUUUAUUCUGCAUACUUAAGCGUUUUCUUGCAGUUACUUCUCCCCCCCUCAGCGACUUUAGAAACCAAAACCCAAACCAUGUAGAGCUAAUCGACAAAUUAAUUCAGGCACAGGGAUAACAUCGAGACGAUUACAGUAUUGAAGACAAAGCUCUCAUUGUGCAGCAGCACCGUGUCCUCUGGUUGUUGGUUCACUUCCAUGUUUAGCGAUGUGGUUCUCUAUCACUGCUGCUUCCCUUAGCAACCAUUGUCAGAGUAAAGAGUAUAAAUCAGCACGAAUGAAUCAAGCACCUUUUGUUCCCUGAUUCUGUGUGUCUGUGUGAUAAUACAGGGUGGUAAUGUUUGCCAAGUUACAAUAAACUGUUACCUCUUCUUACCUCAUUAUGAAGCUGAUUAAUGCACCUUUUCCUUUCUUCAUCCCCACACCAACCUCUCCGCCUCUUCAUCAUUCCUUUGUCCAAAUCCUGCCCAUAAACAUUUGUAUCACAGGGUUAGUCUGCAAGGCCCAAUAGUAAGGAUUUAGAGUUAUCAAAAACUCAUGGUACGAUAAUACCUCGAUAACAAGUCAAUGAUGUGAUAAAUAUCGUGGUGCUAAAGGAAAACACAAAUGGAGACUUGGACAAAACCAUGUUUUUAAGGCUCUGAGGUCUGGUCUAGCCUUUGCCUUUAGACGCUUACAUGUACAGCCAGUAAAAGGCGGGAUAUUUACACCGUCAGACGCAGAAUUUAAGGAAAACAUAUUGGUGAUGUGUCGUGUCCCAAUCCGAUAUUGAUAUUGGGUAUCGGUCCUGGAACAGUCUGUAGACAAUCAUAAUCAUUCAGCUGUUUCACUGGUGUAUAAAAUGCAGACUACAAAUCAAGAAAAUCUGCAAUUUCGUAGAAUCGCAAUUUAAAUUGAAUCGGCAUCCAAAAUAUCAUAGAACAAACGAAUCAGGAGAAAAGUAUAUUGUCCCAGGCCUAUCUGAUUAUUUUGACCUGCAUCUAAAAUCUCCGAUAUCAGCACUCUGAUACAAGCAGUCCAUUCCAGAUUCCGUUCCAGAACCUCUAGCUAGCAUCUGAGCCCACGUAAUCACAACAUCAGUGCGUACUAAGGUACGAACACAGUAGCAAGGAGUAGGAGUGAUGUCAGCCGUGUGGCGGAUUUUUCAUUUAAGUCCGAAAAAGAUGUUGCAGCUGAUUGCAAAACUUGUCCUGCACAAGUUUGUGCCGAUAUCUGAUCAAUAUCAGUAUCGUAUCAGAAGUAAAAUAACCUGUAUCGGGACACCCCUAAAUAUAACGUGAUGUGCAAUCACAUGCUGGGAAGUUAAUAUUGUCCUUUUUUUCUUUUUGUUUGUCCAUUACCUUUUCUUCGUUUUUAUUCCUUGAUGAGCGAAAACCAAAACAUUUCCACACUUACGAUAAAAAAGCUGCUGAAACACCUACCAUUUAAAAACCCGCUCUCUGUCCCUCCUGUUGAAACAAAAAAACACUUUUUGCCAAUAAAACCAAAACUAACCAAAUUAAUCCAAACUCAAAGUCCACUUAAAAGCUCUUAAACACAACUUACAGUCUUCAUAAAUAACUGAGCAACAUAAUUACUUUAGCCGGUCACUUUUUCUUUGUACAGCUAACUCAAACCAAAAGUUAUCCCAAGACAUCUUCAAAAACAAGCCUGUCUAGACCACACUCUUUGUUAGACUUGAAUUAUUUAGCAGUUUGUACAAGCUCAUCACAUUUUCCCCAAAUCCUGGUUGACUCUUCAUGGCUCCCCUUCACCGAGAGAAAACUAGUUUCCCUAAAGUCUCCAGCUGUGUCGUCGCCCCUCAUAGAGGUUGUGACCCUCAAGGUAAUUAUCCGUCUUUGGACUGUGGACUUCCAGGAACAAUCUCAAGGGCUCUCAUAGGUCCCUGCCUCCCCUGCUGAUUUAGCAGUUGAUGUUGUGUACAAGUUACACAAAAGCAGUUUCACCCUGCCGCCCUUAUCGCACAGCUGCAUCUAUUUGUGUUGCAUAUUUGCGCCAUGGUGGUUUGAUAAGUGAAUGUAUGGGAAACACCGGCAGGGAGGAAUUCGGCACAACGCACAUACCAUGAAUAUCAUGUGAAAUUGUGUGCGUAUACGUAGGACGAGCUUAACUGGGACAGCCCCACCCCCCUCUCCCCUCGCUCGCCUCCCCGUCUUUCUUCCCUCCGUCUCACACGCUGCCUGUUUGCAUACGGGGGAAACAAUGUUAAUUCGAGCAACAGAGGAGUUUUCCCAGGCUGUUUAUUUGUCCAAUGAAGCUUCAGAGCCCCAUAAAACUGCUCUGUGCUGCUCACUGCACACAUUAGCACACACACACACACACACAAACACACACUCUUAUAGCCGCUCUGCAUGGAGGGUUUCUGGUUACCUUGGUAACCUGUCCAUGAAGUGUUCAGUAAACCCCCCCUGGUUACCGCGGGUACCCCAGACCUUCAUAUUUCAGGUAGUCAGAGCUCUGAAUAAAGGAUGUGAACACACUGAGCUGCGGACUGACUGACCCUGAGCAGAAAUUUUCCACUUUCAUCCGACAAAAGGAAAGACUUGUUCAAUUUUUGGGGUAUAAAAAACAGAGAUCUGAGUCAGCUAUAAAUAUCCCUAAGAGGGGACUUCUUCCCUAUGAGUAUGACAACAGUCGUCUCAAACAGGACUCAGGUUUCCAGUCUUUUAUGAACUGGUCUGAACCCACUUUGUGACCCACUAUUGUCUCCCAGAAUAGUAUUAAACAAACAUGGCUUUGUGUUUUUCUAGGCUAGACCGGCCAUUGUUCAUUGAAAACCCACUUUAAUGUUUGUAAACUGUAACUGGAAAGUGUGUCACGUUGGCACUGACACAAUUGGAGCUGAAAACACGCUGUGAAAGCAGCAGGUAGUUAUGGUUUCGUCAUCACCUCGGAAUAAAAACUAGAGGCAUGUAUGUGAGUGUUGUAAGCUGUGGUGCAGCACUGCAGCAGACUGUAAAACCUGGACAGGGACUGGACACGCAGAAAAGAAAUUAAGGGUGAGUCUAGAGACUGAAAGGACCUGCUGUAUUAAUCAUUCAUUUAAGCUCUGACUUUGAUAUUUUGGCUUUGUCAGUAUCUUAAAGUCGGAGCUUACCACUUUGCCUGUCAUGUGGUGCCGUCUGACCUAUUUAACCACUUUGUGAGCGUCUGCUGGAUUUGCACAUCAUCAUCCGCUCCUAUAUGUCGGAAUAAGCCGUAUAAAUGUAAAGUACAGCUCACACACGGCAAGAUAGAGAAUAGGAGGGAAGGCGAGGCAAGAUUGCACAUCUAAUUCACCAGGAAACAAGAGCAUCAUGAGGAAGAGAACAUCUAAAAAUGAGUCAAAACAAGACAGAAAAUCAGAAUGAAAAUAAAAUGGAAAAGGAUGGAAAAGUAGGAAAGCAGUAUUUUGGAUAGGAGAGCUUUAAUCUGCUGACAUUCUGAUUGUGAUAUCGUGCGUAAGUUUAAAAUGAUAGUGUAAAAUAGGGCUGGGUGAUAUGGCCUCAAAUCAAUAUCACGAUAUAUUGAUCAGUUCACCUCAAUAACGAUAAAUGGACGAUAACUACUCCAACUGGAUGGGGUGGAGUCACAUCUCUGACGUAGGACAGCGUCUUAAAGGGACAUGAGACCAUAGCCUACCUACACACAUCCUAAACAAACUUUUAUUUAUUUAGUUUUUUGACACCUAAUAUAUGGAUAUGGGCAAAUUGAUGUUGGUUAUUGUCGUGAAUUUAUCGCCCAGCCCUAUUAACAUCUAAACAUGAGCUAAAACAUGCCAGUAAAUCGGAUAGAAAAUAAAGAGUAAAAAUGGAAAAGUAGGAAAGCAGGAUCUUGGAUAGUUGGAUAUUAUCUUCUCAAACCAGAAACUGACUUCGAGAGCUUUAAGCUGUUAAUAAUCUGAUUGUGAUAUCAUGAUAUCCCAAUCAUGACAUCAGUGUUAGUCUGAAAAACUAUGAGAAGCUGAGGUUUAAGAGGAACUGAGAGUUUGACUUGGCCUGCAGUCUUCCAGGAUUUUGUUGUUCCAGAUAAGUGGAACAUAAAAGUUUCAUCCGUUUGUUUGCUUGUUAAAAACAUUGCAUCUGUUUUUCUUUUCUUAAAGAGGGAUCAGCAGAAACUCAGGUCUGAGCAGCGUCUCUUCUGUACAUCUGUAAAAGUACAGCUGAGGUCAGAAUCAAAGGGGAGGAUAUCAGUUUUUCAGAAACUUCCGGAUUGGAUCUGUUUGACUCUACAGCCGUUGUAGGUCGUCCAGUGUCUUAUUUUUGUCCCUUAGCAUAAAAAGUUUUUGUCUCAGACCAUCCUAACUCAUAAGUGUAGUAGUGUAGCAAUGACUGUAGCAGUUUUACUACACCCGAGCUCAUACCUGCUGUCAUAAAUUAGUCACAUGAGACGCAGUUAAAGGUUAAUCCGUAUGAUACACAUUUACAGGGAGUGGACUGGCUGACCAGUGCAUGCUCAUGGGGGGAAAUAAAGAUGAAGAUCCUCAUAGACAGGGCCGAGAUUCACAGUCUGUGUGUCACAUGAUGAGGACGGGCAGGCAGGAUGUGAAGGGGCAUUCACCAUGUCUACAUGCUUAUUUAUACCAUGGUAAAGACGAUCUGAGGAGAUAUUUCCACUGAAUACAGGCGCUAUUUUUGUAAGCUACUUCAUGAAACUCGUGCUGGGUACAAGGGAACGUUGUACAGAAUAUUCCACUGAGUCGAAACAUCUCCGAGACACGAGUCAGAGGGAUUCUGGGGGACUAAUGAGGGGUUUCUCCGAUUUAAAGAUCUCUGAACGCAGCGUCGUCAUUUUACGGCUACAAUCUAUUGAGUACCCAAAGUAACAAGGUGGGUUAGGGUUAGGAUUAGAAUAAAAUAAUGCAAUACAAACACUUUAUCCAGAAUGAAACUGCUGAUUUGAAUUUUAAUCUGAAGGUCUGGUGCAUUCCGUUGGUUUUCUGCAAGAUGAUGGUGCCAGACUGGUUAGCCACCAUUGGAAAAGUGCUUCCAUUACUGUGUCACACUGCUGCGAUGUUCUGCUACUGAGGGCGUGUUCGGGUUUGUAGCUUGUAAAGGCCAGAUUGAUCAGGAUAGAUCAUACCCCAUGUAAACAGAAGACAGUUUGAAAGAUUUUAAUCUGAAUAGCAGCAAUCGGUCAUGCAAACCCACUUUUUGAGACUCCACCUUUAUAGUAAACAAAAUAGUUUGAUAUUUGUUAAUUUACUGUCCUGUAGAUGCUCAGAUGUGAAGAUUGAUGAUACCAUGUAGGGCUGGGCGAUUGAUUGGAUUUUAAUUUGGAUUACGAGGUGUCGAUGUCAAAUUCUGAGUUUUAAAUAAUUGUGUUAUCAAUAUAAUUCAAAAGAGUUGUGAUGAUGACUUUUUGGCUUAAUCAAGCAGCUCUAAUGCCACAUUAUAGAGUUAGUCUGCAUGCUAUGAGCUAGGGAUGGGCGAUAAAUUAUCGUUCACGAUAUAGCGUCAGAAAAAUCCUCCAUGAUAAAUAUUUGCCAUCUCAUGAUAAAUGCAAGUUGAUGGCAUAAGCGUGAGUGACGGACUCGCAGCCAUAGCAGAAUAACAAACAAACAUGGCCGACGGUGGUGAAUAGGGUUGGGAAUCGAGAAUCGAGAAUCGAUGGGAAUCGGGACUAAAACUUCGAUUCUUCCGGUAUCGUUCAAAUAUUAAAAUUUCGAUUCCAAGUUUCGAUGCCAGAGUCCGCCGACCGGAAGAAAUAGCCGCCGAAAAUCAACGAAGAAGAAGCCGCUUAACACCAAUGAGGACGGAGCGUAUGAGACGAAGCCACACAGAGAGACAGAGAGAGAAAGUACAUUGUAACCCACAGCAAUGCAGCAGCUGUGGGUUACAUGUAAUCUCUCUCUGUCUCUCUCCUCUCUCUGUGUGACUUCGUCUCAUACGCUCCGUCCUCGUUGGUGUUCGGCAGCUUCUUCUUCGUUGGUCAAAAGUUUGGCUAACUUUAGCAGGAAGAAUGAGCUCUUAUCUCAAUGCAACAUUAACAAUACAGUUAUAUCAUGCAAAGGAGGGUAAACGACCAACGUGAUUAAACACCUCAGGAUUCAUGGAGGAGAAAUACCCGAGUGCUCGUCUUUGACGCGCUUCGCCGGUGUUGUGCCAGAGAAUGCACCCCUGCUGUUGAAUGCACCCCUGACGGGAGCGCGGUUGAAAGUACACAACAAGGCGAAACAAUCCAAGUUUUUCUUACCGUUGAACGGAAUCUAAAGCGUGUGCCUUUAAUGAUUUCAUUCAGGCUAUUCAGAUAUGCCGAAAACAAUAGCCCUCUGAUUCGGAAUAUUUACUGUCCUGAAAAUAUAAUGUUCUCUACCUUAACAGCUUACUCUACAGUUUAUAUACCCAAGUACACCUCUAUGUGUGCAUUUUUGAGACACAUACAAACAAAACGAAAGUUUACUGCUCCAUUUGACACGUUUUCAUGAUCUAAUACCCGUGUUUUAUUAAAUAUGAGAUCAUAUUUCUUCCACUAAGAAGCUAAUCAGUGAAGGGGAGGCAUUCUACGGCAGGGGUGCAUUCUACAGCACAACACCUGUCUUCCGCUAACCAGUCAGGAUCAGAUAAGUGAAACAAUAAAUGACUUCUGUCCUCUGCUAACUUUGAAACGGUAAAGAAAUUGAACUGAGUAAACUUAAAUAUCCAUCUAACGUUAGCCCUUGUGCUUUUUCAUAGACAAACGACCUGAAAACAAAAAUUGAUAUUUAUAUACUGGUUGAAAAUAGCUCUGUGAGAAAUUCAUAGUAAAGUUCUUAAAAAGUUAAUAGGAUUUAAAAAUUCAUGGAGAAGUUCAGAAAUUUCAUCCAAAAAGAAGAGCCCCGGUUAGCACCCUCAUUCAAACCAUGCUUUUUUCUUUCUUUUUUCUUUUUGAUAUCCUGCCUUUUAAAAGAAUCGAAUUAGAGAAUCGAUAGGAAUCGGAAUCGAAAUGAGGAAUCGAAAUUGGAAUCGGAAUCGUUCAAAAUCAAACAAUACCCAACCCUAGUGGUGAAGAAGAUGUUUCUUCGCAGCUCGUUACUGUCGAGGCUUCACAUGAGGGAUUUCCUUCAAGAUUGUGGCUUAGAUGACUGCAAUCAGGUCUGCCUGACAUCGGAGAGUGGAUCUGUUACUGUUCACUCUGUGUAAUAAGAAUUUUUAACAAAUGUUAAAAAUGUUUUUACCUUUGAGAUUUGUUUGAUGUCAACUUAUGUUCUCAAGACAAAAUGAGUAAAAAGUAUAGAUUGGAAUUAUAAUAUUUUUAUUGGGACUUUUCUUGUUAUCGCCAGAAUGGCAAAUCUUAUCAUGAUAACUUUCUUAGUCCAUAUCGCCCAUCCCUACUAUGAGCUUACCUGUUUCAAACACAGUAACUAAACUUAUUAGAACUCCCAAACUGAGUUUUAACUCCCACUUGUUGCUUUACUCGUCAAAAGUUACUUCACUGUCAGAGCUGAGUGACCUCACACUGACUUGUUCAUCACCUAAAAAUACUCAGAGCUGUCAGCACGCUGACCAAAAGUGUCAUAGCCUCAAGUCGACCGCGUUAACCAUCAUAAACAGUGUGGGGAAAAGGUGUCGGAGUCAACACACACUGACACACACACACACAAACACACAAACACUGACACACACUCACACAGCUGGAAGCCUCAUGCUGAACCCCAGCUGUGAGGAGGACACUCGAGUGUGUGGUUCGAUAAAUCAGAUAUCCUGCAGGGUUUUUUCUUGUAGAUGAAUAAGCUGUUUGUUUGUGUGCAUCUGUGUGUGUGUGUAAACAGGCAUGCACAUAUGGUCUCAUGAUACAUCUCAGUGGAUUGUUGAGCAGAUACGGUAAUCAUCACAUCCUGUUCUUUCAUAUCGGACACACACACAGGAAGUGCUGAAACAGAUCGAGCUUGAAUUAGCCAUCCUUGUGUGUGUACACAAGUGUGUAUGUGUGAGUGAGUGUGUAACUAACAGCCCAAUUAUUUCUGUAUCCCAGUCAGCCUUGCGGAUAGAUUUUAAGGACUUUUAGCUUCUUAUUAGAAAUCACAUGUUGGGAGUAAAACAGCCUCAGUUCUUCUCUUAAAAUUUAAAUGUAAAAAAGAUUGAAGAAACUUUAAUUUAACAGAAAAAAGAAAAACUUUUUUGAUUGUUUCAUAGCAGUUAUUUUUUGAGACAUAAAUAGCAUAAAACGCAAAUUUGCAUGACUUUGCAGGAAGGUGCUGGAUUUAUUUGACGUCUCAUUUUGCUCUCCCUCUCUGUCCUCUCGGCUCAGUGAGUUACACCUGCAACACAAAAGGCACAGAUAUCAAGGGUUUUGUGGUUGAGUCCUCACAUUAUUUUCAUGUAGAUCUAAAUUAGUUUGCUUACUUUUCUGACAGGUUAAAUGUCCAGCUGAAUUGUUCCUGUAAAGAUAGUUUAAAAGUCUUAAAAUUAGAGCUUUCAAGUUUAAGGUCAUAAGACUUCCUAACAAGUCAAAUUUCUUCGUGACAAUCCAUGUCACUUAAGUGUAAAAUAUAAAGGGAGUGUUUGCAGAGACAAGAGAUGCAAAAUGGGCCUUUUAACCAUUUUUCCAUCAUCCUGGUAAUCUGGGUUCACUGCGUGGCAGAGAGGGGAGCACCAGGUUUGGGGAAACAGGGCGACCUUUCAGUUCGUAGAUGAGUAACCUGCCAAAUUUGAAGAUAAGCAGCUAAUAAUGCUAAACUGGCUAAGAAACAGUCGGCUUUUGUUUUGCAACAGGCCAACACCUGGACUGAGAACAGGUUAUUGAAUGUACGUCCAAGUUUGGGAUAACAAACUCUGACGGAUUUUACCCCGGGUGCUGAAUCAAUAAAUCAAUUAUUUAAAUACUGUGGUGUUGUUUGGUGACAGUUAAACAUGCUUCAGUCAGACUGUGCAGAUGCAGAUUUGAGUUUCUUGUCCUGAAGCCCCGAGUUAACCUGGAGCCACCAUAAAACCUCCAUCACUCACUUCAGUAUUUCAACAGCUGACCGCGCCCACUGUUUGUUAAACAUGGAGCCUCAGAUCAUCCAGCACAGUGACCCAAAUGGUUGUAAAUGUCUGAUGUUUGCUGCAUGUAUAAAUAAAACAGAGCAGAGUUAGGAUUGACUGUAAAUGAAUUUGUUUUCACUUAAUAGAAUCUAUUUACAGAUUCUACAUUACAUAUAGAAGAACGAGUACUCAGUCCGUCAGAUUUAUUUACCUCUGUAAACAGAAAUCUUCAUGCAAACAGCUCACAGGUAAUUCUAGGUCAAAUAUCAGCCUGAACAGACUCAGAGUAAACCUCUUUUCUCCCUCCUAAAACCUGCCGCUCGUACUUUAAACCUUUUCAAACUUGAAAUUCUUCGAGCAAAUGUCAUCCUGAAACUUAUCUUUCGGAUAAAAAGAUCAUUUCACAAAAAGAGCUCACACAGAAAUUCAUGCCAAAGCACAGAACUCCUCUGUUUCAUCCUUUUACAAUCAAGAUAGGAACCCAGGAAAUCCGCUGGCUGACCUUCAGUGUCAGAGGGUCGACCUCACAAAAAGAGAGCAGCAGGCUGAGACGAGGAGGGUCGGAGUCAGCCUGAGACAGACUAAUGGAUCCAGAUCAAAGGCUCAGUCUGACAUUUACAAAUAAAGCAGGGGGAGGAUCCAGAUUUUUAUUGGACAUACCAAGAUAACAGCAGUCGUCUGAAACUCAUUUUUGAGGGGGUAAGACUUCAGGUGUUUAAAUCAUUGAUAAUAAGCGGAAUAAUCACUUUGUUAAGUCCCUUUAAAAACCAACAAUAAUAAAUGUGUAUAUGCUAAAAAAACGAGCCAUUCGAGUCAUUAAAAAGUAGUUUUUUUAAUCUACCUGCUUUCUUUUUAUAGACCCUUUAUAUCCAAUGAAAAACUGAUAUUUGACAGAUAUAAAAACAGAAACUUAAGAAGACUUUCAGCUCUUGGAUUCACUGAGGUGGACUGUCUGAAUAGUUUUGUUCACCCCUGAUUUUCAGGUUAAGACAUUUGCAUCUGAUUGGUUGGAUUAUUUUGGUUUGGUUUUACUUUCCUUUGUAUGAAAGAGACGGACAGAGAAAGAAAGAGAGAGAGAGACACUGGUCAGACCUGCUGCACUGAGCAAUUUAAGUUGACCAACAACAUGUUUGUAAUGUAAGACAAGCCCCCCCAAUGAGAUCAGGGUCAGCGAGCAGUUCAGUUUGCAAACUAGGACAAGACGACAAAGAAAACCUGCGGUGUAAAAACAGUCAUGCAUCAGGCUUAUCUUGGUUUGAUGCCCAAGUGUUUGAGGUUGGUUUGACUCAGUGCUUGCUGGGACACGAUCAUAUCUGCAUAAGAGGAUAUAUCUAUUAAGAUGUCCAAUCAUCUGUCUCUCUUUCGGUCUCUCCCUGGUCGAACCAGUCUGUCAGGCUGCAUGUGCGUAUGUGUGUGUGUGAAGAAGGGGACGAGCUCGACAAUGACAGGGAUCGGGUUGCUAUGAAACCUGACGAGCUACCCACAUACAGGAGUGCCCAGGUGUCCUUGUGUGUGUGAGAGAGAGUGUGUGAGUGUGUGUUUUCCACAGACGGAGUAGUAAACAUAGUGGGGCUGGCCUGGAGUAAGGCCCACGGGUGUCGGUGGAUUAGGAUUGCCUUAACAGUUAUUAAUGCGUCUGGUAAAUCCUUUAAGGACUUAACCUGAUUUUCAUGCAUAAUUACCCUGACUAAAGAACAAAAUGUCUUAAACAUGCUUGAAUUUCACCUCAGCGGCCUUAAAAAUCACAGAACCGUCAAGUGAAUCUGCACUGGAACAGUAAGGAUAGAUGAUUCUGUAUUUGCAUUAGGAUGUAAUAGACAGAGGUUUAUACUGGAGGACGUGUAAGAAAAAUCUCUGUCCAUGUCAGUAAAUGUUUGUCUCAUGGGAAAGAGUCACCUCCUCAGCUUCUUUUUGACAAUUUGUGUUCUUACUUCACACAUGACCAGCCGUUCAUGUUUUCCUUCUGAUACCAAUGAUCUUAAAAGUACCUGCUGGUGACAUUUUGGUCUUGAUGUGAUAUAUUUAAGGUGUUAUGAACUAGGGCUGGGCGAUAAACCAAAAAUUUACCAAUACCGCAAUUUACGACAAUGAUUCAAACAUUGUAGCAGCUGAAGUCGAUGAAGUUAAUGUGGGAGGGGGUGAGCAGCUUGUGGAGUAGUUAUUGUCCAUUUAUUGUUAUCAAGGUGAACUGCUCGAUAUAUUGUGAUAUUGAUUUGAGGCCAUAUCGCCCAGCCUUAUCAUGAAGGCCCUGAAGCUUCCCUGAGGAGCUCUUUUCACGCCUGUGAAAUCAGAUGAAAUUCAUGUCGACGCCUUUUCAUAAUUUCCAAAAGCAAACGAAACCAGCAGCGACAAAACUGACGAUUUUAUAUUGUUAUUUUUAAAGCCUUAAACUACUGUGAGGGGGGUAGGUGUCAGCUGAGCAGACUGCUUUGACCACAAGGGGCGCCAAACCAAAAGCUCCUUUCGGGUGCUUUAAGUUUUAUUUUAUUUGAGUAGUUGAUAUUGCGAAUUUCUGUAGCGCUGGCGAUCAUGAAAUACUUGAAAUUGUGCACGCAGCUCUUUCUGUGGAGGAAGCAGGUUUUUUCUUCCUUCUAAAAUACUAAAAUUCACUUGAAUAGUAGGGCCCGAGAAAAUCAACGAAGCACUUAAGGUUUUUGGGUCACUAUUGGACUAUAAACACCAUUUUUAGUCUUGUGCAUCUCUAUCUUCAAAUCCCAUACUGCCGUUCUGUGUUAGAAAUCUCACAGAACGUCAUGAUUUUUCUCGCUGAUUCAUUUUCACACAACAUUACGAUCAUUAGCAGGUGAAGACAUCCUUUAACAUGAUAAAGUGUCCAGAUUCAGAAUAUAAGGUCUAGGCUUACAUUAGGAACAAGAGGGACUGUGUGUGAGCAUGACGGGCCUCAGGAACAGAGAGUGUAUUGUGGUUAAGCAGGUCAGAUGAUAGAGUCACUGACAUCCAUGUUUAUUAUCAACACAUGACACACAUGUGUACUGCGUGUCUCUCACUCACUGCUUCAUUUCUGCCAACCAGGUGUGAUUGUAUUCACAGUCAGCAGAAAGUUUAUUAUGCUCUGACAAAGUCCGGAGUGGUUAGACCGCCUCUAGAGGUCGAUAACCUCACUUAUCAGGGCAUGGAGGACUUCGACUGAAUGUGUGUCAAAUCACUUCUCUGCUGUUUACUAACUUGUUGGAGUAAGAGCUCAGCCGUGUCCCUGGAGAGGUUUCUGGAUGACCUUUUCAGAAAUAUUCAGCCUGAUGCUGUGAUGAUUUAGCUGAACUGAGUCCACAGUGGCAGGGUUGGGUUAAUGUUUGACCCCAGUCCUCAGAUGGCUGGGGUCAAACAUCUACACACAUGAUUUAAGACCUGUAGGGCUGUAAAGUCCUAGUCAACUCAUUGGUCGAUACGUGCUGGGUUGACCAAAAUUCUCAUUGGUCAACUCCAUUUUUUUCAGCGUGAAUUUAGAGUCCAUGGUUAAUUUCAUCAGGAGGAAUGUACCAAGUUCUAAUGGGGGUGUUUUCAGAGCACCCCUAUUUCACAGGUAACACCCUGUCUCAGAACACCCCCCCUUGUUUACACCAUUUUGGAUUCGCCCAACCCAUUGGAGACAGGAAGACUGAAGAGGGUCCAUGUUAAUCAACGUCUGGUGGGCAGAAUGUUUUUUCGUCGGAUGGUAGGGGAUAUAUGUACUAUCAGCACAAGAAGGUAAUUAAACACAAAAGUUAAAACGCUUAAAAUAAAAAUAAAUAUUCAGCAAACCACCAGACGUGAUACAUUUUUUCUCAGGAUGGUAGGGGAAGGCCCCGCCUCCUUUGCCUCUGAUUGGCUAGAAGUGCUGGGCUCUGAUUGGUUAUUCCUUAUGGCUGUGAAAUGUCAACUUCUACUGGGUUAGGGUUAGGGUUGGGAGAUUCAGAAUUGCUUUUUGAAGCGGUGGUUUGCUGAAUAUUUAUUUUUAUUUUUAGAAAUUUAACUUGACUUUUGUGUUUCAUUGCCUUCUUCUGCUGAUGUUAGUAUAUUUUCGCCCCGAUGAGCCACGUUCCACCGAGUCACAUCGUCCCCUGCCGCAGAGGGGUUUGCCGUCAGAGUCGGAAAAACCCCUCAUUAGUCGAUUUUUGGUCGAAAACUUCAGGGUUUCAGUGGACCAAGAAUUUCUUUGGUUAGGGUUCGGGUUAGACCUGAAUGUGUGAUAAAAAGUGUGUCUUAGUUAAAUAUGAUUCUGAUGUGGGAGUUUGGUGUGAGGCUGAGUUUAAAAGCAGCGAAUCAAUAUUUAAAACCUCUCGAGCGGCGACGUGACAAAACUCUGACUUGGAUACAGCCCAGUAAAGAUGUGUCAGCUGUUAGCGAAGUGUUAAUCUGAGUAAUCUCUGAGAUAAUCAUCCACCUCCGUCAGUAAACAACACAUAAACUUGGAAACAGGAGCUUCAGCUAUUACAUAAGAAGAAGGAACACCCAGUUAACCAACUUAACUGUUUGAUGUGAUACGAGAAUAACAAAAGAUGAAACUACUCACAGGAACACUCUGUGGAUGCAAAGAAAACCAAAUGAAGUGUGAUUAAUAUUCGAGUUCCUGUCUGCAAGAGUGACACCGAUCCUGAAUCAUUUUUUAAUCCGCUUAAAUUAUCUGUAAUUUGAUGGAGUGUGAAUCACAUAUUUCCUCUGAGACUUGUUUGUAAAGCUGCUUUAGUCUGUGUUUGUGUAGUGCUGCAGAGAGGCAGAGGUUUCCUUUACUGUAAAGGUAGAUCCUGCAGGGCAGAGCAAAUAUAGGUAGGUGUGUGUACGAGUGUGUGUGUGUGUGUUUACAGGGUGUAGAUUAAACAGUGUGUAAACAGCUCAUUUAGACACUGAAGUAAUUUCGAUGACAGAUUUGCUUAGACAUUAGGGAGCGUUGGCUCGAGUACCAAAUAAUUAUCUACGUAUAGAAGCUAAAAAAAACAAUUAUGAGUUCACACAGGAGUUUGCUGAGCGAUAUGAGACAAUCAACAGAGUUAGCCAGAAGUCAAAGUGUUUAUGUCUGGAUUAAAGGAGCAACACGGUCAAAUAAAAUGUCCAAGAGUAGGGUUUAUUUAAAGGAAACGACUCAGAGAAGAACAUGGCGAAUGAGGACCACAUUUAUCAUCACAGGUGCUCCAGUGUCACUUUACCAACAGACAAAUCUGACCGCUAGAUGAAAUGAAAUAUUCUCAUCUUUACACUGUAAUCAGCAGCUUUUUACCCCCCUCAGUUUGUGUUUGUUUAAUAAAACUCUAUUGUGUAAAUGCCUCUUUGGCAGUGAUUAAAAAAGGAAGUAUGAUACAUGUUAACUUCUGUGUAGAAAAGGCAGUUUCCAAUGAAUUUAACAGUGUACAUGCUUUUAUUUUGAAAGAGCAAAGAGGAAACCUUGAAUGAUGACUUUCUGGUUAAAAAGUGAUUCUAUAAUGUUAGACUUCAAUAUUUUAUCAUCUGUUUUAUUUGCUUCAUCUCCAAUAUCAUCACCUGAAAAUGGCCAAUGCAGAAUCUUAAAAGCAAAAGCUUCAUUUUUUUUCCUUUUAGAGGGUUAAAUCUGAGACAAACCAACAUUUAAAUGUCGUCCAGUGCUGCAGGGAAACCUCAGCAUGUAAAUUGAAUUUCGUUACCAUCGGUAUGUUAACGUUGUCUCAAACUAAGAUGGUAUGAACUUGAUGUAAACAUAACAGUUCGACCAUCUGGGAGGAAGCCUUCUCCUCGUUCAGACCAGGUGUUAAUCUCGCUUGGAGCCUGGAGCAGGUUGAAAAAAAUCCAAAUCUGGGCCGUUUCUAUAGUAACAACUUCCACAGCUUAUAUAGGGGCCACACUUUGAUGGCGAUCAGAGAGUAAGCUGUCUUUUCCUCCUGCCUGCAGAACACAGAGGAGGCUGAGGGGGGCUGGAGUCAACAGCCUGCCAGUGCUGCUGUCUGUUUUGCCCAUAGAAGGCAGUUGGAGACUUUACAACAUUGUUUCAGCUACAAAUCCGAGUCUAUUCAAAUCCAGAUGCUCUCAGGAAGGGAAAUAGAAAAGUGUGUUUGUGUAGUAUACACAGGUAUUUGUGCUUACCUCCCGGUGCUUUGGUCUCGACCCAAAGUUCAAAUAGUUGCAGGUUUGCUCUUUGAAAAGCUCCUUGAGUGGCUGAAAAACAAUCAAAUAAGACCUUUAUUGAACCGAAUACCUCGUUAAAACUCGAACAGAGUGCCAAGUGUUUACCCGCAUUUGCAGACUCUUUAAAUCCAAAUUCAUAAAUGGAGCUUUUAUGUGAGUUUAUAUUUAGGAGACUUUUCAGGACUAAAGCUCCUAUGAGGGACUUUCUGUCUGCUUUGACUUUGGCGCCCCCUGUGGACGAUGUGUUAACCCUUUUUUUUUAUGCUGAUUUUGUCUAGUCCUUGUUAAGUGUUGUUUAUGGACAAAAAAACUGUCAAUUUGUCAACUUUUUACAGUUUUAUUGUCUCUCACUCUGAUACCAGCUGUGGGAAAGUCACAAAGGUUAGUCCUCAGGGUUCCCGCCCUCUCACAGCAGUUACAGGAAUUAAGUUUAAUAACCAAGAAAUCGUCAGUCUGGACAGUGAUGGUCUCAUUUCCUUUAGGGACACAUAACAGCUCAUUUCAGUCUGUUUCAUAACUGAUCAAAAAUCCCUCACAGGAGCGAGAUUUUAUAAGAUUCCUGCAUCAUUAUCUGUUCAAACUCAAUCUCGUAUUAUGUUAAAUAUGACCACAAAAGUGCAACAGGUACGAGGACUCUGCAAAUACAUUGAAAAGUAAAAUAACUACCAACACAGUAUGACAUCUGUUAUUUAAUUUAAUAUCAUUUACACGUUAUAAUGAAUUCAGAGGGUAAAAUAAUGAAUGGAUUUCUGUUGUUUACAGUCGAGGAUCAUCACACACCGAUACAGACAUGCACUCCUAUCCAAUAUUCCUCGUGUUUUUCUUACCUCCCCUCCCAGAAUCCCUCUCCUAAUGCCAGCCUCCCCCCUCCUCUCCCACACACACACACUGGAGUCCUGUGUACUCCCUACAUCCUCAUUCUUGGAAGGACCCAUGUUUCGCGGUUGUUUUUCGAAGAAGAUGAACACAGAUAGAUAGUCAACACAUACACAGACACACAAACACACAGAGCAGACAGGGCCGGGGGGUCUUUAGGGUGAUGCCAGUGUUUCAGACAAGUUGACAUUUCCCACCCAGUCCCUGCCAUGUGUGGGCGAGUCUCUGAGUGAGUCUGUGAUAUGUGUGUGUGAGCUGUGCUCUGGAAUGCCUCAGUGAUUAAUCUUUUGUCCUAGCAGCAUUUUCUAUGCUAAUUACCUGCUCGCUCUCUUGGAAUGCACUCAGGCUGUCUGGCUUUCUGAUUGGCUGAGAGGAGGCAGUCUAGCUCUGUGAUUGGUUGCAGGCCGUCAACUUCAACCCUCCUCCUCUGGGGGCCAACAGACUAAUUUAUUCUCUUACCCCGAGAUUGAAGCUCAUUAAGACGGUGGCUUUGUGAGGGAGAAACUCAGCAGAGGUAGAUGUGACGUGACCCAUUUUUGAGUGUCAACCUAUGAGGGAAACAAACGUAAUUUUGUUGUGGUGGUGUGUCAAAGUAGGCUUGUGCCAAUUAAAAAGUUCAACACUCAGUUAUUUUUGGAUUGUACAUAAAACCUUUUUUUAUGACAGUGUUGAACUGGUUUCCUACUGGAACCUUGUGCUUCUGUCUGUGUUCCGUUUGCUUACAUAUCUGUUUGCUUUGAAGCAGGACUAAGUACUAAACAUGUUGUUGCAAAGUCAAUGACUUUUCUGCAGGGAUUUGUGCGUCAAGUCCACAAAAUUAUUUGUUACCUUCCCUUUUACUAGUUUUCAGCAGAAUUUGUUGCUGAAUUAGUGGAACUGAUCCCGCUCAGAUGGUGUGUCCGGUUCACCCUGGGACAGCUAACCAGUAUCUCCAGUUGGAGAGUUACGGGCAAAACCCACAGGGUCCAAAACGGUUGCGCUCUGCUCCGGCACGGCCAGCGAAUGUGAGUCAUUCCACACAAUCUAUCCGGCGUCUGAUUUAGCCAUUUAGGAAGGCGCUGCCAUGAUGCCAGUGAUGCGCUCUGCUACCUGGAGGUUUACAAAGAUGACAUCUUGUAGUGUGAGAAUAUUCGGUAGAAACAGCUGCAUUCAGUGCAUCAUUCAGUAAUUGCACUCUUAGCCAUAGUUGCACAUAGAAGAUUCCUGCUCUAGAGGUUCUGCAGAUCCUGAGAUGAACACUGAUGCAUCUUAAUGAACUCCAAAACCACCUCAUAGUGUUGACUUGAUUUACGUCCUACCAGAAAAAUACAAAACAGCCCUUUAAAAAUAUUUCUGAUCGCAUCACUCUCUGGAGACUUAAGUUGUGCAUUAAAGGAACAAGGUGAGAUUUUUGGUUAAAAACACGACCUCCACAAGUUUAGGACAAAAAAAGUGAAGAGAUCUAAUAGACUGCAACAUUAACACUAUUAAAAAGUUCCUGACAGGAGCUUUAAAGACCAGCACUGGUGAGCCCAGAACAUUUUGUACCACAGUCCUGAAUCAGUGUGAUAUAAGCUCGGUGUUACUGUUGUUUUCGUCGUUGCAUCUUUUCCUGCGAUUAUGUGACAGGAUGUUGUUUCCGCUCCUGAUAACUCGGCUACUGGUGCAUCUUUCUGUUCUUAUCAGUGACCAGCUGAGAUGAAGUUUCUUGUCUUUUAAGACGAGAAAAAGGUGAGAAACUUUGCUCAACCUUUCAGACACUUAAAGCCUUCAGAGUGAUCCUAAUCAGCACUUUUUUUAUGUGUGAUUUACUUUGCACACGGAAGGAUCGUUAUCAGGUAGUGUUUCCUUUGUUGAGCUCCUUGUCCUUGCGCUCUGGUCAAUUAAUAACCAACUGAAGUGACAGACUAGUCAGACUUUUAUUGUUCAGCUUCCUCAAUGCUGCAGCGGACAAAGACAGACUUUAAACACCUGUCUGUGGUUUUGUGACAUUGAUCCGUUUAGGAGAAAAUCACAUCUUUAGACCUCUUUAGUUGUACACACUGACUGUAACAGGAACAUAUAUUAGACAGCUUGUUUUUUAUUUGUAAGUCGGCAUCUGCUGGUCUCAUCAUGUACAGUCACUUCCACAGUCGGAGGCCUGGAUGCCAGAAAAAUAAGCUGCUGCACUCUGUAAAUAGGAUCAGUAAAAGUGCAGGUGCUGCAGCAGCGUGGGUUACCAGAUUCUCAGCUCUGCUUAAACCAUCCUCCUCCUCCUCUUCUUCCUCCUCCUCCUCCUCCUCCUCCUCUCCGUCUUCAUCCUCCCACUUUUUUUCCUGUGAGCCCAAAGAUGCUGUCAUUCCCCCAGCGAGCCAGUCUGCGCUCAGCUUCGCCACAAACUCCAGCAUGAGCUCAUACUCGAUUACUUAUUCAUAGGCUCUGUCACAAAGGCUGACGCAACCACAGACAGACAGACACGCUGGCUAAAAAGGAGGUGAACGGGCCUGUUAGCAGGGGCCAGGAAGCUAACAGACAGGCUGGCAGGCGUUCAGACGAGGCGAGCAGAGCUGCAGGAUGAUAGUAGCAGAACAAAAACAGGCGCGCUCGUGCGUUUAUUUGUAUCAUCCUGUUAAACAGCUGCUUUUCGCUGUGAAAGUCUGGUCUUUGUCACAUUUUCUGUAUUUGUUCUACAAAAUAUUUCUGACUUGGCAGCGCUCGUUUGCAUCGCUGAGGUCUUUGUCGUGUUUUUUCUCUCUCUGCUGAAAACAGGCCAGUGGAUGCUGUCUGCUUUGGCAGUCCAUCUUUCACGCUGUUGUUGUUUUGUUUUAACGUGGCGGGGGUCUUCCUUUGUCUCGGUAGCCAGCCAGAUUUAUUAAUUUUUUUGACUGAUGGUGUUGAUUUGUCCGCAGGCGUUCUCUUGUUUUCUCAUUUUGAGUCAGUCAAAGCUACACAGAUGAAUUAAUCACCAUGUUGGGCAUCAGUGAUGGAACUACAUAUGAGUCUGAAAAUCAAAUAAAGCUGCAGCUCUGCUUCAUGGACUGGGCCUGAUACUCUUCUUGUAUUCACUAAUUUCUCUCUUGAGGGGGUUUCGCUCUGACCCAGCAGAAUUAGCAGUCGCUUUAUGUCUUCUUUUAUGUCUGAAAUGCUGCUCAUGUGUUGUCUCUGUAGUGAAGGUAGACUUGUUAAUCAGGCUGAUGACAUUUUAAAGUAAUCUGCAUCACAUCAGCAUCAUCCCACAUAAGGCUGCACGAUAUUGGAAAAAAAUAAUAUUGCGAUUUUUUUCAACCCUGCGAUAUAUAUUGCGAUAUUAAAAAUACAGGAAUUUUCACCAGAUGACAUGAAUAGCAUUUAAUGUUAUGCUGCACUGCUGAAAUCUUGAGGACAGUUAAUCUGCUCUGAUCUUACCUCUUUUUGUGAAUGUUAGAAUGGCUUCUGUCUCAGAGAUAUUUUUAGCUCUUAUUGUGCUGGGACGUUAUUGUAGCAACAGGUGAACACAGAAGACGUGUUUUGGUCGACAUCAUCCUUCUUUUAACCGAAAUAAUUCCAGAUAACUGACUUUCCUUUUCUUUUUGGCAACAAAUCUUCAUUUUCGGUGGUUUUCGCUUGUUCGUUGUUCAUUUUGCGAUCGUUGUUGUUGUUGUUAGCGGUGUUGUGCCGAGAAACGCAUGUCCUCCGAGAAUUGCAUGCACCUCGCAAAACGCGCACUGCUUAUAGUAGAGUGGUCCACGGAAAUGUACAAUUUAAAACCCAUACAGUUCUUAUUUGUUGGGCUUAACAGUCAUGAGUAAAGUUCCGAAAGUAAUUCUCAGCGGACACACGUCUCCCUCCAUGUGCAGAACAUGUGCAGGGGUGGGUUUCCUCCGCUCUGAUUUUGAUUGACAGCUGGCAGGGUAGUCUGAUUGGCCACUGAGAAGUGAGUCUGAUUGGCAACUGAGUUAAGGACGAAUGUGAUUGGUGGAUCGCUGCAAAGCACAUGCAGAGUCACAUGCAGUGUAUCUCAGUCAGUUACCCUUGAAAUUAAAUGAGUUCAUUCACCUCCAAUAUCGCAGGCUCUGCGAUGUGACUAUCGCACACACGUACAUCGCGAUGACGAUAGUCAAACGAUAUAUCGUGCAGGCCUAAUCCCACAUCAAUCAGGGAAAUUGAAAAGUGUAUAAAAAUGCAAACAGGUUUAUUUUGCUGUUUGGUGCAGUUUUAACACUGAGCUGAGGAGGAUUUAAAUCAAAGCUUGAAAGAUUUAUCCACCAAGAAAGAAACAGAAAUCAUAUUAUUUUUAAACAGCACAAACACAGAGCUACAGGGAAAAGGAGCUCCUCCAAAAUUCACCUUAAAUUAACAUCUCUGUGUGCAGUAAAGCAAAUCUAUUCUAGUGUAUAUGCAGUUUCAACAAAGGCACAUCUAAUUUAAUUUAAUAAGAUAUGGUGAUUACCUGACAGGCCUUGAAACAAAGGUGAGAGUGACAUGCAGUGUGAAAGGAGAAAAAACAAUAUGCAUGAAAAAGAGGAUUUUAUCUGCAGGUAUUGAUCUCUAAACACGUUAAAAUAUCAGUGUACUGUUGUUUAAAAUGAAAAUAAACUUGUUUUAUCCUUUCAACUGUUACUGCGUCAUUUCAGCAGGUUAAAUAGUUAUCAUUUUCCAUCAACAAAAAACCUCCAGGGGUAAAUAUUUUGUGGAAAACAGAAUAAAUGUUGCAUGUAAAAUAAAAAUGUUCAUUAUUGUCAAACAGAAACUUAGAAAUCAUCGAACCAGAGAAGCAUGGUAACUUUUCCAGCUUUGUUUAUAUAUUUUAACUCUCCAAAUCUUUAACCUGCAGAGCUCUCUGUACUGUAGUUAACAUUUAAAAGUACUUUUAAUGUUUUUCUCAAGGUCAUAAAAGACAGUAUACACCAUCACCAACAACUGUAAGGUCACAAAAAGUCAAUUACUGCUUGACUUAAAUGUUUCUCAAAUACGGGGUUUAUUGUCACACUUGAAGCGAUCAAGUCCUCGUCCUUGAGGAAACUAUAGAGGCUGACACACUCUGACAUCAGGGAAGUGCUCCACUCACCUACAAACGGAUUAUUUUCCUCUUUAAAAAAAAACACAAUGACCGUGACCAAAGACACACAAAGCACUGCCCGGCCGUGCACUUUCCUGUUGUCUUUGUGUUUCAAGAAAACGAUAACUGAACCAACAAGGUCAGCCGUCUCGUAUUUCUCCCUAGCAACACCAGUUCGCUCCGGCCCGGGCUGUGGUUUGUGUUGACACAGACACACAAACAGAGAAAAAGUCGGAGAAAACACACGGUGGUAGCCAGGGCAGCAAACUAAACUGUGGACCUAAUGAUGUCAGUGUCUAUUUAAAAAAGAGUCGUAGCUAAUCUCCACCUUCAGACUGUACGGUUAUGAAUGAGAGGUUAGCACAGGGCGGACCAUUUGUUGAUUUAAGCUAAAACUGAACGUCUGAAACUGGCAUCCAUUUGUUAUGGUUUUAAUAGAAACACUGAGAAGCUUCUCUGAUUAUUUCUCAUAGUUGUUUUUAUCUGUGACGGACAGAAGUGUGAGCAGUUAUGGAAAGCAGCAGAUUUAGUCCUCAAUCUAGAGGGAGGAUAGAGGUUUCUGAAGUCAAAGAGCAUCAGCUGCUCUAACCUUUCCACCGCUGUUGUGAUGCUUUUAAACGAAGCACUUAGAAAACCAGAAACCGCCAGAGAGAGCGAGAGAUCAGAGACUAUUAAUGCCAAGCAGUCACCAGGUGUUGAUGCUUGUAAAUGUUGGACAGGGAGCUGCACAUGUGGUCAGUGAAUCCAAGAUUGUUGGUCCUCGGCGGCAAGUCUUCUGCAGACUGUCUCACUUUUAUCGUGUCUGAAUUUGCAGCAUUUGACCCCUGGCUUUUCUCAUGGGGUCUUGAUUGGUUUCAUUUAGGAAUUAAUUUGUAAAACCCUGCGGAAAACACACUUUUUGGUGUGAAUAUAUCACUCUGGUGUGUUUCCAGUGGAGUUUGGUGUGGUUAGGAAUGUUAAACCCUGAUUAACGGAUUGUAGUGUGUUUGGCUCCACUCUCUCAGGAAGAGGGAGCCAAAAAAAUCUGAGGUCAUUGAGGAAUUAUUUUGGUAACUUUCUCAACUUUUGCAAAUGGAAACGCAAAUAAUUGAACCUGAACUGGACCAGCUUGUAGAAAUGCAGCAAUAUCCGACUGUGGUAUUGUUGGAAAGUGAAACUAGACUGACUUGUUCCUUGCAAGGUGGCGCAAAGAUUGAUUGGCAUGUGAUGGUCGCUGCAAUGAAAUAAAAAAUGAGAAAAAACUAAUGAAGUCUAAUGACUUCUAAUGAAGUCGAUGAAAGUAAAAAGAAUUAAGAUGAGAUCAGCAGCAAUCUAGUGACUUUUACAUGUUACAUGAACAAUCAGUUCAGCUAUUACAUUAUGGGUUCGUUUGCACUUGUAAUAACAAGCUUUCCUAUUAAAGAUGCCAGAUUAUUGUGCAUCGAGCAUUAAUGAAACAGUCUUUGUAAGAAUCUGAUGGAUGCAACUUUAAUACGUCGAUGAAAUGUGAUGCUAAGCAGCGAUCCAAAGCACAGGGAGCGAUGUGUUCAGGUGGUUUGUUUGCAGCGCUCAUAUCUUUUCCUCUACAUAAAAUAUGCAAAGAGAAGCUUUAAAUAAUGUAUAAGAAGAUCCAGAAAGUGUAAAGCUGACCCUUCACCCUAAACAGCACCUGGAUCUGACUGUAAAUCUGAUCCUGAUCUGUCUUUAUCACACACACAAACACACACAAACACACAGAGCCUGGUGGGAUGAGGGUGGCGGCUGUUUAUUGUCAGUACAAAUAGACGUCUGACAACCAACCAGCUGAUGUUGUCUGUAUAUGUGUGUGUGUGUGUGUGCAGGAGGGGUAAAUUAUUGUGUUUUUCCAGAUGAGCAAAUCCAUUGUUUCCAGUCCAUCUGUCCUGGAGUCACAAAGACACAUGGACACACACACAUUAGUACAAACAAAGACAAGCCUGAGUUCGUGUUCGUCUUGACAACCCUUCAGUAAAUCUGUAUUUUGACUCUGGGUACAGUUCGUCAUGUUUGAGGGUGUUUUUACGGGUGAAAUGUGAAACUCAUACAUGACAGACAAGAAUCAGUCUGACCCCUGAAUCACUGGCAUGAAGACACGAGUGUUUUAUUUGUGUGAAUAGGAGCAGACGUGUAUUCAGGCUGACAGAUCCACCAAACAUGUCAAACAGACAAAGACGGUUUUCCAGUGAGCUGUCGGCGCACCAUCAGCACGCCUCCAAAUGUGAUUCUGAUUUCUUAAAUCUGUUACUGAUUAUGUAUUUCUGAUCCUAAUCAUCUUCCCCUCUUGUCUCUCCUUCUCUUUAGGACCAGUUUGAUAAUCUGGACAAACACACUCAGUGGGGCAUCGACUUCCUCGAACGCUACGCAAAGUUUGUCAAGGAGAGGCUGGACAUCGAGCAAAACUACGCCAAGCAGCUACGGUACACACGCACAAAUCCACUUCAGAAAAUUUCCAUCAAGUCUUUUUGAACUGAGUCACUUUGAGAAUAGUUUCCGACCUUAUUUUGGGAGAAACAGAGCCGACGCACUGCUGAAACGCCAACCUGAGUCUGCUAAAACAUCAACCGUCUCCAACAGCUGAUGUGAUGUAUACAUUUUCCAGCAUACCACACAUGCACAGCAGCGCAUUUCAGCCCCUUAAACAAAACCGACCACCGAACAUCUCAGCGUCAAAUAAAUCCAGUCUGCUCCAUGUUUAAUUCCUUUAAUAUUUUGCUCUGUGACCUAGAAAAGAAAAGCCUAACGCCUGAAUCAUAUUUUCGUCCGACUGAUCUUCUUUACAGUCAGAAUUCUUCGUCAUCUUUGCGGAGCGACUUGGCAGACGCCGACGUGAUCUCCCAAAGACAUCAUAAGAGAUUUCAAACACGUUGGGGUUUGUUUGAUGGGAUCUGAGGUUGCUUUCAGUGACACAGAGCCGGGGUGAUAUUUCUUCAUCGAGACGCCACAUGUAAAAUCUGUCAGGUGGGGCUCAUACCCUAAAGUCUGGUCUCAAAGUGACAGGAGAAUUUGGGUCGUGAUCUUCAAGGUAGAGAAAAUCAGCUCUUAAUGGUGCAAAAUACUAAAACUAAAAACCCUUACCGGCUCGAAUUAAAGAUGAAAUCAGGGCUUAAAGUCGAUGAUUAUUAAAAACCAGCAGGGUCUCAGAAGUGAUGGUUUGAUAUCAAAGGUUUUCAUCGUUAUUAUAAAUUGAUCAAACACAGAGCCUCCUGUAUAUGUGUCUGACGUUUGAACAUUUCUACCUCACACUCAGACACACACACAUCCAAAAAUCUGCCUCCUCUCUCUCUCUAAAUCAUUAACUCACUACUUUGCUCCUCGGCUCCCUCAGGCUCUAACAAUACCGGCUUCAGCAGAGACUUUGAUGUUUCUGUUUCUUUAUUCAUCUUUCAUAAAACAAGGAAACCCCCACCCCACCAGCUCCUCCCUCCUCCUCCCUUUGUUACUGUGUGUGUGUCAGACUGUCGGCCUCUUGUCUGUUUACCUUUUUGCUCCACCAGGCUUAAAAUAGCAGACGACAUUUCCAACACUGUCUCUUUUCUCUCCUCUCUCAGGAACUUGGUGAAGAAGUACUGUCCAAAACGCUCUAAAGAUGAGGAACCACGGUGAGUUUUUAAUGGUUAACCUGCACAAUAAACAUGUCGAAUAACCAAACCGUAUAUUUUCAUCCCUGUGUUCGAUGCGGGUUUGCAUGCUACGACUGUCUGGAAAGAUUGGUUAAACUGGUCACGCAACAACAGAUCGAUGAACCGGGGUUUUAGGUCACUUGUUCGCUGAUGACAUUUCUGCAUUACAUAACAUGAUAAGGCUGAGCAUCAUGUGCAACUGCACUGUUUUUACCUUAUGAGCCUUUGGAACCAAAACACAGCAGGAGUGCGACUGUUUUUAUUUGGUUUGUCAUCAUUAAUAAUGAUGUUUUAUUGGAAAGGAUCGCUAUAGAGACCGAGAACGUGAGGAGCUGAGAGUUUGGGGUCACAUGCAGCACAAACUGGUGACCACUGAGAUGUGGGCUGAGCCUCAGUAGAUAAGACAUGUGUUAAUCUAAAGAAAAAAGACAAUAUUUUCUCACGCAGGCCAUGAUUUUAUAUCAUUUAGUAUAGGCCUGAACGAUAUAUCGUUUGACUAUCGUCAUCGCGAUGUACGUGUGUGCGAUAGUCACAUCGCAGAGCCUGCGAUAUUGGAGGUGAAUGAACUCAUUUAAUUUCAAGGGUAACCGACUGAGAUACACUCCAUGUGACUCUGCAUGUGCUGUGCAGCGAUCCACCAAUCGCCUUCGUCCUUAACUCAGUUGCCAAUCAGACUCACUUCUCAGUUGCCAAUCAGACUACCCUGCCAGCUGUCAAUCAAAAUCAGGGAGGAGAAAACCCACCCCUGCACAUGUUCUGCACAUGGAGGGAGACGUGUGUCCGCUGAGAAUUACUUUCGGAACUUUACUCAUGACUAUUAAGCCCAACAAAUAAGAACUGUAUGGGUUUUAAAUUGUACAUUUCCGUGGACCACUCUACUAUAAGCAGAAGCCGUUCUACUAACAUUCACAAAAAGAGGUAAGAUCAGAGCAGAAUAACUGUCCUCAAGAUUUCAGCAGUGCAGCAUAACAUUAAGUGCUAUUCAGGUCAUCUGGUGAAAAUACGGUAUUUUUAAUAUCGCAAUAUAUAUCGCAGGGUUGAAAAAAUCGCAAUAUUAUUUUUUUUCCAAUAUCGUGCAGCCUUAAUUUAGUACAGUCAGAUGAAGCUUUCAAUCAGAUACCCUCAGAUUAAUUAACCAACUCCACAAUUUUUUUUACUUAUAGUACUUUAUAUCAAUGAUGCAAUAUCGGCACAUGGUGUUAUUUCCCGAACUGAUUCUGAUGAAACUAUAAUAGCUAUAGUUAGACCCUAUAAAAUUCCGACAUAGUCUAUAAGACCUCGUCUAUUGGUUUCUACAGGGAGGUUCUAAAGCACAAUGAUGGGGGCGGAUUUAUCAGAAAUGCUUACUCAACCUAAAUCUAUCCAGAAACUGAUGAUUGGCCAGAAUGAUGUGUCCACCUGUUAAUCAAUUUACCAUGUUUUUGAUUGUGCAAAUUUUUUGAAAACUGAGGAGUUAUAAAAAUUCUCCCUCUCAUAUAGUUUGUACUUUUAAUAAAAUGUGUUAUUGGGGCGUGUUUAUUUGUUUGAACCAGGCUGUAAACAUUAUUAAUUCUACUACAGACUGGGCAUUUUAACAUGGAAGCUGAUGGGGUUUUCGUGGCUUCUGGAGCCAGCCUCUAGUGGACACUGGAUGAACUGCAAGCCACUCAGAGUUGCAACUUGAUUUAUAAAAAUCUAGUCAUAUAAAACAUGUGAAAAUACCAUAAAUUACUGAACUUGUAAGCACCAGCUCAGAGUUGAAAUAGCAGUGUAGAAGGAAGGAAGUGAAGUCAGAGUAAAACUGAACAUCAUGGCGUCAGUCUGCAGCAUGAAGUCAUCAGGAAGUUAAAAGAUGGGCUGUCUGUACUCGCCGGAUGAUCAGGAUUAUUGAGAAUGAAAUAGUAAUUCCUAUUCAUUAUGUUCAAUUACACUUAAAGCUGUAACAGGAAAAUCUAAAAGCAUGCAUGGACCUGAUGUCACACUAUCAUUAAGAAUAUAAUUGAACAACUAAGUUCAUAACCUGUUUCCUAUAAAACCACACUCAGCAGCGUUUGACUUCACAUCUGUGGACAAACCAUAAAGGAAACACGCUGCGUGCUCUCCUAAUCUCAUGUUUAAUGUGCAUGUGUUGUGCAGGUUCACGUCAUGUCUGUCCUUCUACUCCGUGCUGAAUGAACUGAACGACUAUGCCGGUCAGAGGGAGGUGGUGGCGGAGGAGAUGGCUCACAGGGUGUACGGGGAGCUGAUGAGGUACGGCCAAGACCUGAAAUCCGAGAGAAAGCACGUGAGUACACUUUCAUGUCUCCUCCGUGUUAAAUUACAUAGAAGAGAUAAAGUGAUGUGCAUGUACAGAUGAUGAAGAGCGCGUUUCUUAGAAAACUUGUUGCUUCCUGUAAAAAAAAAAAAAGGAUGUUGCUGUUGGCCCGGGUAUCCUCUGUCGUCUCUUUUGUGUUUGGCUUCUCUCUGGAGGAUAAAUAUGUUGGAAGUGAUGUUGGCCAUCUGUCUUUCACUUCUGCCUCCAUCUGCUGAUCUAAUAAAUCUGAAACUGUAGAUGUCGGUGUGAUAUGGGAGAACAGCGCCCUCCUCUUGGCCCGUGCUGUAAAGCUUUAAAUAUACUCUGUCAUAAACAUGUUCUCCUCUCUGGUUGUGUUCUUGCUUUUUAAGGUUGAUGUAAAAAGAUUUCAAACAUAUUUUCUUUAUACUUUUUUUAAUUAUUUAAGUGGAAGACGAUAUUUCUCACUUUUUGAUGGGCAGGCCAAACAAUAAAGUCAGUGACUCUAUAAUGAAAUGUUGAUAUCUUGCUUUUUCAGACAUAAUAAUCCUCUACAAUAUUGUUUCAUGUGAUCAACAGUAGCGUUUUCUUGGCUUAUGUGCCUGAAUCUGUCCCUGUUUUAUUGUUGUGUUAUUUUAUGUCUGAUUAGAAACGAGUUAUUUUGCAUUUAAAUAGUUUAUAAAUGAGGAAAACUUGAUAUUUUGUAUUAAGCUUAUUUAGAAAGAGCAAAUUCACAACAAACGUUGUCUGUCUCGAGACAUUUGAGACUGUACUCUUCAGUAUAUCUAAAUAGACCCAAAAUCUAGAUGGGCUAAGAUCUAGUCUGACUCUGAAAUAGUAAAAUCAGACCCACUCAGAUCUUGUCUUAAUCCAUGACGAGCGAAACGUUACAGUGACAAGAAAAACUUCUUUUCAACGGGCUGUUUUUCCAUAAAUUCAGAUAUCGACUCUCUGAUGUUUGUUCAAAUACAGGAAUUAAAUAUGAAUCAAAGUUGUCAAUAAUCAAAUACUACAAUACUGUAUAGUACCCCUUACAAAUAAUACAGUUUUUACUGUUUAACAUAAUUAACUAUCUAAGAUUUCAUCAGUUCUUUCCAAUGAUGCUCAAAAUUGGGUUCAGUCUUACUCAUUUGACAAUGAAAGUAACUUAAAUUCAUCCACAACCACCGUCUUCUUCUUCUUGGGUUUUUAAUGAGACGACAUUGUAUGACUGUCUCCCAUGUGGACACACCAUAAGUAAAGACUCUGGAGUCCCAUUAAUUUAAGGGUCCUUAUGUGCGCCUAUAACCUGAACAAGCACUGGGAUAAGCACAAUCCUCAGUAUCAGAAUGAAUCGUUCCAGUGAGGGUCUGUAUUUAAGUGAUUUACCGCCCGUGUCUGCAGAUAUUGUAGCUGUAAGUACGCAAUGAUGCGCCCUUCUAGAGAGGAAUGUAAAAAAUGAUGAAACAGUCUUUUUUAAUGAGUAACUUUACUGCUUCGGUCACAGGACUCUUAUAAACCUGCAGCUGUGGCCUCAGCACUUUCCUCUUCACUGGGUUGUUAUCCUCUCUGUCACUGUAACAUGAAUAAUUUUAGUCCAGUCAUGUUGUGUAUUUGUAUAUAACUGUUAUCCUGUAUAUACAUUAUUUAUGUGUAUUUUUGUGUCUGUGUGAAUGUCUCUUUGUCUGUGUGUGUGUGUUUGUCCGUGUGUGUUUGUGUGGAUAUGAGCAGCAUCUACAGGAGGGCAGGAAGGCCCAGCAGUAUUUGGAUCAUUGCUGGAAACAGAUGGACAAUGUAAGUGUGGAGAAAGGAGGAGGAGGAGGAGGGGAGAAAAUGAGAAGUGUUUAGCGUACGUUUCCUCAGUUAGGCAGCACCAGCUGUACUUGACUUGUGCUUGUUUUUAAGAGUAACAAAAGAAAUACAAACAAAGGUGACUGCUGCGCAAUUCAGGGUCCACUUUUAACCCCUUAUUUCACUCAGAGGAAUUCACUAAACAGGAAAAAUGUUGCAUCUCUGGUACCUGUUGUAUGUUUGUGCUGAAAUAAAUGGAAGGUUUAACAUCAGAAAGGUUAUUUCUGACCCUGAAAAGAGAGCAAAGUUUUUCUGGUCAGCUGCCUUGUCCACAAGGAAUGAGGACAGGGACCAGGACCAAGAAACACACACACACACAUUUACAGAAAUCAAUCUUAAGUACAGGCUCUUUGUGCCACAUCUGACCCACAGCACCCUCCCUAUCCCAUUCGUCACAUCUGAGAUCAUAUAGAUGAAUUUACUGCAGUAUUUAUAGCAUUUUUCUCGUUAUAACACUUCUAAUUAACCACCACUGUGUGCUAAUAGUGAAAAAAAAGCUUGUUUGAAACAUACAUGUCAGCUCGUUCAUGUCCUUUUUGAGACAUACACGGUACAGAGUGUUUCAACGUGUGGUCUGCAUGACUUUGAAGUGACUACUCAGUGACUGGACUGUAAUGUCUCAGCUAUUCACUGAGUUUUCUUCAUUACUAAUGUAAUCCAGAUGGGCUGGCAGGAAAUAAACUAUCUCCCCCUGUGUGAUUCAUCUCCAUAUUUGGCCCUUUUUUCCUUUUUCAUUCACUUUUUUCCCCCAGUUGAUUAUCUGGGAACUCUGAAGAAAAGACAGGAAAUAAAAAAAAGGACGCCAAGUAAAGAAGAGAGGGUACAGUCUUUUCGAUCGCUUUAACGGCGUUUCUGUCUUUCUUCUUCCUUGUUUGUUUCUUUUUUUAGAGUAAAAGGAAGUUUGAGAGAGAGUGCAAAGAAGCAGAGAAAUCCCAGAUCACCUUUGAGCGGUUAGAUAACGACAUCAACGCCACUAAAUCAGAGGUGGAGAAGGUAAGAGGGAAAAUAACUCUUCAGCUUCCUUUACAGUUAAAUAUCAGCCAAUAGAUAAUCAAUGAAAGUCCACACUUGAACAAAUACAUUCACAUAAAAAUCCACCAUUCAGAAACAGAGUGACUCAUGAUUACCCCUUGUGUAAAGUUAGCUGUCUGUAAUGGAUACUUAUGAAAUUACACUGUGUGUCCCUGCUUUUCCACACACAUACUGUAUAAUUUGACCAGGUAAUUUUAGUUCAGGCUUAUAGGAAAAUAAACCUCUCCGUCCUGAAGUUAAAACACAGCUUAGACAAAAAAAAAAAGUUUAUGUUGAGGUUCCUUCUUUAAACUGUUGGACUGAUCAACAAUAAAUCCAACAGAAGAUGAAACAGAAGCUUCUGAUUUAGGUCAUGUUUUCAGAGGAUGGCUAAGUGAAAAGAAGAAGAAGCACCACAUGUAAAAACAAAACCCAGUCACCAUUGAUUUUAGCGAUAUAAUUUAAGCACAUGAGAAAGUAAGCUGCAGAUCUGUCCUUAUCUAAUGAAAGUAAUAAAAAGGGACAGAUAUUUGAUUUUUUCCUGUCUUUUAAUGGAUUUAUCGGAGAAAUUUCACGAUACUUUGGCAGUGAUACAAUACUAUCAUAAUACUUUGGCCACGAUACGAAAUUAUCACGAUACUUUGGCCACUAUAUGAUAUUAUCACAAUACAAUAUUAUCACGAUACUUUGGCCAUGAUAUGAUAUUAUCACGAUACUUUGGCCAUGAUACAAUAUUAUUGCGAUACUUUGGCCACAAUACGAUGUUAUCACGAUACUUUGGCCACAAUACAAUAUUAUCACGAUACUUUGGCCACAAUACAAUAUUAUCACAAUACUUUGGCAGUGAUACAAUACGAUCAUAAUACUUCGGCAACGAUACGAUAUUAUCACGAUACUUUGGCCAUGAUACAAUAUUAUCACAAUACUUUGGCCACUAUAUGAUAUUAUCACAAUACAAUAUUAUCACGCUACUUUGGCCAUGAUAUGAUAUUAUCACGAUACUUUGGCCAUGAUACAAUAUUAUUGCGAUACUUUGGCCACAAUACGAUAUAGUAUCACGAUACUUUGGCCACAAUACAAUUUUAUCACGAUACCACAAUACAAUAUUAUCACGAUACUUGGGCCACGAUACGAUACUAUCACAAUACAAUAUCAUCGCAAUACUUUGGCCAUGAUAUAAUACUAUUGCCAUACCUUGGCUACAAUAUGAUAUUGUCACGAUACUUGGGCCACGAUACAAUAUUAUAAUGAUACUUUGGCCACAAUACAAUAUUUUUGCGAUACUUUGGCCAGAAUUCGGUAUUAUCAUGAUACUUGGGCCACGAUAGAACCUCCCAAACGUGCCCUUCUAUCCAGUUAAAUACUGACCCGACUUGUUUAUGAUGUUUACAGCCUGCACUGUUGUUGUCGUUGUCGUUGUUGCUCAGGCCAAAGCCCAGUUCUACCUGAGGACCCACAUGGCUGAUGAGAGCAAGAACGAGUACGCCGCCCAGCUACAGAACUUCAACGCAGAACAGUGGAAACAUUUCAACACCGCCAUACCGCACAUCUUCAAGGUAACGAGACUCUGUUUGACUUGUUUCAUUGUGAGCUCUGGAGAGUUCAGCCUGUUUUUAAGGAUGACUCCAUUUCUUCUUGUUUUCUCCGUUACAGAAUUUGCAGGACAUGGACGAACGGCGGACGGUAAAGCUCGGGGAAACGUACCGGAGCUUUGCUGAGGCAGAGCGGAGAGUCAUCCCGAUCAUCUCCAAAUGUUUAGAGGGAAUGGUUUCUGCUGCCAAAUCUGUUGAUGAGCGAAGGGUAUGCAGGACAGAGGAUGAUGGGUUUAAGACAAGAGGACAAGAGAAGGGCAGAGUGUCGACUGAAAAGCUAACUUUUCCCCGUUUGGUAUUUUCCUCUUCUUCUCUUUACUCUUUCCAGGAUUCAGGCAUCGUCGUAGAGUCGUUUAAGUCAGGCUUCGACCCUCCGGGCGACUUCCCCUUUGAGGACUUCAGCCAGAACCUGAGCAGAACCGGUUCAGACGGGACCAUCACCAACACACCCAAAGGAGACAGAGAUAAAGAUGGGGCCCCGGGGCAACGACCCGACCUGAAACAACACCCCAUGAGCAGAACCAAGAACAAACUCUGGCUCUUUGGGAAGAAACCAAAGGUACAGUUUGAGUUUACAGAACCAGCUCCAGUUCUGAAUCUGUGAAUUCAUCAUAAAUAUAACUGUAGUUGAUUAUCUGACAGCGCUGCAGAAAAUCCCAGAGGUUCAGCUGAAUAUCAGCGUCAUUAGUCACGUCCUGACCUCUCCACAGUCAUUUUAACUUCUCCACCCCGAUGACAUCUCCAGAGAAACAAACUAACUACUCAUGUUUUCCCAAAGUUUUAUUACUUCCUCUGCUCCCUGUUUGUGUUCCCAGCUCGUGUUGAGUUGUCAUUUUUAUUUGUGACAACACGCUCCAGCCUUUCGCCCGUACACUCCCUGGACCUUGCCCUUCUCUAUAAAGACUGCGCUUUUUUAAUCAUUAACUCUCUCCUGUUGGUUCAUGUCCGAGUCAUCAGCUGCCUCUCGCUAUCAGGAACCUGUGUGAUGGAUCAGGGUGUGUUUUGUGUACAUGGAUUUGUUUAAUUGAUAAAGAUGUGUUUUUUUACUUUUUCCAAAUUUAUCCAGGAAGGCCGAAAACUUGGCUUCCAAUCUAGUUAAUUUCUCUUGAACGUUGAAUAUUUACAACAUGUCUUUUCAACUUUGCUCUGAUAAACUUAUGAUAUUAUUAUGUGGCCAAAUCCUCUGUCAAAAAUUUAGUGUAUACACCCUAUAAUACCUUUUUUGCCAUCUUAAAGGUGUCCCAUACACCGCUGCAACCAAUAAACUAGAAUAAAAUGUUGAGAGAGGUUUUUUGUUUCGCAUGUUUUACCCAGAAGAUGGCGCUCUACGCUGCAAACAUCCACUUAGCUGCUGAAUACAAAGAGAGACAAGAGGGGAAAAUGUAGAUAUAGUGUGAUAUAGGGCUGGGUGAUAAACUGCAAACUUUUCGAGACCGAAACUUACGACAAUAACCGACGUCAUUUUGCCAAAAUCGGUAUAUUCAGUGUCAAAAAAAUGAAUAAAUCAAAGUUUGUUUUGGAUGUGUGUAGGUAGGCUAUGGUCUCAUGUUCCUUUUAAGAUGCUGUCCUACGUCAGAGACGUGACUCCACCCCAACGAGUCUGUAACAAAGAGGGAAAGACAGGUGAGGAGAUGGAGGACGGUCCAAAAGUUGUAGCGGCUGAAGUAGACAAAUGUGGGAGGGGGUGAGCAGCUUGUGGAGUAGUUAUCGUCCAUUUAUCGUUAUCGAGGUGAACUGAUCAAUAUAUUGUGAUAUUGAUUCGAGGCCAUAUCGCCCAGCCCUAGUGUGAUAUAAAUAAACCUCAUGGAGCACUGGUUUGUCAGAAAAGACUUAAAUUCAGGACAACAAAUGAGCAGAUGGGGGUAGCAUGUGUCUGGUCAUGCAGUACCAACAGUGGCCACUAGUGCAAACAUCACCUCACAGCCCGUUGUGGUUUCUGGGGUUUGGAGCGGCAUAAAUAAAAGCUUGAAUGAGUCAGUUUUGAAGUCAUUCGAGUUUUCUAAGUUUAUGAGGAGAAGUCAUCCAUGAGUCAUACCUGACUCCUUCAUGACUCAGUGGAGUCAUCUUAACUACAUCCUUAUAAACUUCACUUUUGUUGACUUUAAAGAAAACAGAGAAAAAAAAACAACUUUCACACUGACGUUCUUCACCGCAGCCAGAAGUCGCCAUCAUGAGAGAGACAUUUGUCACCAAACAUCCCGAAUCUUCAGAAUGUGUCGCCCUGACUUCUGUCUGGUUUUGUCCUCUCUUCCUGCUCCCCAUCAGUCCCCUCCCUCCUCCCCUCCUCCACCACCUUCCUUCUCCUCUCGUACCCGGUCCACCUCCAACAUUUUCCCUCCACCCCGGUUCAGCUCUGACCUAGUGAGCCACUAUCUUUCUGAGAUAAAGACUUCAGUUCCCAGAAUCCCCCAGAAUUUGAAGGGCCUAAGGAGAGGGGUGAGACAGGGAGUGGUGCUGUGGUGUGUUUUAGAAAGUUUCUCUUGAUUUUGGGUUUUAUGUUCUUUUCACAGAGUGUCUGCAGUUAUUAAUAUAUCGAGCAGAAAUAAACUUAAAUCUGUCUCGGCUUUAAAAGGGUUUUAAAAGUUCUAUUUUUGAUCUAGAACUAUUAAAUUCACUGAGAGAAGUGGGUCUGAUUUAUUUAACAGCUGAAUAUAAUUUAAUUUGAGUGUAAUAAAAACUGCAGACGCUCUGUUUUAUGGUUUUCCUCCUUUAAUCUGUGCUUUGGUUCUCUUCUUCUUUCUCCUCAAUUUUCAUUUUUCUUGUUUUUUCGAUUUUCCUUUUUUUUUUUUUUUUUUUUUUUUAUCACACAGAUUUCUGCUCCAAUCACAAGAUUGAAGAUCAUUGGUGAUUGAUAUCAUGUGUGUAUUUGUGUCUUUGUUUGUGUGUCUGUUGUGGGGCUUUUUUUCUGGUUGCAGUGUCGUGCAGGGUCAAACGUCACAGAUGUGAUGAAGGCACUGCUGUGAUGUUGGUGUGGCUCGGGUUUGCAGUGAUAUGAGAGUGUUUACAUGUUCGAGUGGAUCUGAUAACAGUGUCAGUGUGCUUUAGCAGAGAUUUCUGUUGAACAAGAUAUUUCACCUCAGCUCCAGGACAACAGUUUGACUGACUUUUAUUCCGACAGUAUUUCCAGGGAUGUUUGGCUGAUUAUUAUAUCUGCAGACAUCAUGCACCCCUAAUUAUGUGUUUCCUACAGGCCUUAUAUUUAUAAGAAUAAAGUUAUUUUUACAAAAUUUAGAUGCAUGAAUGAACAGACGAGAAAAACUUUUUGACAGUAAAAUAGUCAUAAUUUAGGCCUUUGUCAUGCCAGUGAUAAAUUAAACAUACUUGAAAUUUUAAAGAUAAGCAUUUUUUAAACAAUUCUUUGGACUUUUUUUGGACUUUAUGGAAAGAAAAUAAUCAACGAGGAUAUGAUCUGUGGAUUUCUUAGGCAAUACAACCCAGUAUAGUUAUAGUUUUUCUGCUUUAGGAGUGUGUUUGUGCGGGUACAUUACUGCCACCUUCUGUCUGGAAGUGGAAUCGCAUCACACUGGCAGGAGGAAAUAAAUUCUUUCUUAUAGAGUUUCAUAUUUUUUCCAAAACAAUUCUGUGAGUUUUGUGAAUAUCAAAUAGAUAAAAAUAGAUACUGAAACAAGAAGAAAAUCUGUUUAUCUGACUGGUUUUACUGACUGACUGACUGGUUUUUGUGGCUGUUUUGCAAACUGAUAACUAACCAGCAUCCCCUGUUUGUUUUUUCUUUUUUUAAUGUAAUGGUAAAUGCAUCAGUGGUCAGUAAAGAUGGUAAGUGAGUGAGUGUGUGUUUAGAGUCCCAGCUGUAUAGAUGUAGAGUAACCUCCCUCACCGAACAGUAGGACUCCCCGAGACACCGAACCUGUAGUGAUAGAAAAGUCAGAGACUUCUCCUUCCUGGUUAGUGUAGACUCCUGCCCUUCUGGAUCUGUGUUUUUAUCCUCCACCUGCCUUAAACUCACAUAGAAACAUGGAGGGUUUCAAAGAAUUAGUUCGUGCUUGACACUUGACACUCACUUAGAGAGAAAAUCAAGCACUUGAGAAACAAAGUCACAGCGUUUGCAGGUUGAUUUGAAUCCCAGCCCUGCUAACAGUGGCCAAAUGUUGUGUAUGUAAAAUUUAACUACAGUUGUAGAUUUUAGUCUUGGAAAUUGACAACAAUCUUGCCACAGUUGCUCUUUAUUCACCAGAGUGAACUUAAAAAACCUCUAAAUGAUCAUUUUAUUGAAAGUUUGUUGGGAAGCAUCGACAAGUUACCUCAAAUAAAAGUGCAGCCAUGUAGUUACACCUCUUCGAAACAUGGAGGCAUCCUGAAUCUGUCUGUUUUAUUUUCCCGGUAUCCGUCCUUCACAUCACUGACUCGAUCUCCAGUUUGCAUUCACUUUAAACUGUGCGUCCUCUUCUUUUAUUACCACCAGGCCCCGUCUCUGGAAGAUUUCAGUCACUUACCCCCCGAGCAGAGGAGGAAGAGGCUGCAGCAGAGGAUCGACGAGCUGAACAAAGAGCUGCAGAAAGAGAUGGAUCAAAGGUAGAGCUUUGAAGUCAUAGUCCCUAUGUGCAUCUCACAGCAAACAACAUUUUCUGUGGUAUUUUACUUCAUUUAUAUUUUCCAACCGUUCAUGUUGAAAAUACAGUGAUCUGUCUUAAACUCAUUAGCCUCUAACAACAGUAUCAGUCACUGUCAAAGCUUCGCAGCUUGAAAAAGUAUUUGUUGAAAAGUAAAAAUGGCUGCACUAGUCUUUGUCUUUAACUUUGCAGCCUACUCAGGUCAGUCAUUUAUACUGUCUGUGUUUCAUGACCUUCAGAGACGCCCUGAACAAAAUGAAGGAUGUGUAUGAGAAGAAUCCACAGAUGGGAGACCCCAGCAGUCUGCAGCCGAAAAUUUCAGAGACCAUCUGUAACAUGGAGAAGCUGCGCUCGGAAAUCCACAAAAAUGAGGUACAAAAAAAAGAAACUAUAGAUGGAAGUGGAGCCGAUUAUGAUGCAGAGGGACAUAUAUUAGCAUACUUAGUAUCAGUACAAAGUAUAACACAGGUUGUUUCCGUCUUCCUCUUUUAACAGACCUGGUUAUCUGAAGUGGAGGGGAAGCAGAGCUCGAGGGGAGACAGACGGCACAGCGCUGACAACCACCAUCACGCUCCUCAGGGCCGAGAGAGGUGAGAGAGAGGAGGCUGUUCAAAGUAUUUAUCAAUGACAUGUAGAGUAAUCUUAAACCAAUCAUUAUAAGAGGUUAUUUUGAAGAAUUUUAGCUCUAACUCUGCGUUUAAUAAGUCGUCUUGCUGCUUGUUUCCUGUCAGUCCUGAGGGCAGUUAUACAGACGACACCAGUCAGGAGCAUCACACUCCUCACCACCGCCCCAAAUCUCCACCGUCUGCACACCCGCACCUGCACCCAGACCCACACGAGUUUGACGACGAGUUCGACGACGACGACCCCCUGCCCGUCAUCGGACACUGCAAAGCGCUUUACUCUUUUGAUGGUGAGGACGAAUAGCUCGACUUUGUUAGUUUGAAAGAGCUCAUAAAACAGAAGUAGAAAGAUCUAAGACUCUGGUCGAUGUUUUUGAUUCUCCUCUUAGGUCAAAACGAGGGGACGCUGGUGAUGGCAGAAGACGAGGUAACGCUUAUUUCUUUUAAAGUAAAAAGUUUAUAAACAAUAUUUAAUUCAUUGAACUAAUAAAAGUUUUCUUACACAGCUUCUUUUUGUUUUUAGCACCACAUUUCUGAUUAUAUUGACAUUUAUUUUCUGCUUUUACUCGCAGGUGUUGUACAUCAUCGAGGAGGACAAAGGCGACGGCUGGACGAGGGCGAGGAAGCAGAGCGGAGAGGAAGGCUACGUCCCCACCUCCUACGUAGAUAUCACAAUGGAGAAAAACAGCAAAGGUGCUGUCACCUACAUCUGAAGCUUCUCUGUCCUCUCAUCUGUCUGUCUGUCUGUCUGUCUGUCUCUGCUCCUGUUUCCUGUCCCUCAUCAUCCACAUCACCAUAAACUGAAAAAUAAGAGACACUGCAUCUGAACACCUGCAUGGACAUUCAUGUUUUCUCAUUCCCAUCCCGUCUCUCAGUCCUCUAACUCAUUUCUCCUCAUCCUCCUCUUUUUAUCUGUGGACUGACGUUUGAGAGGUGAGUGUCUGAGCAUGAAGACAAAAAGGAAAUGUGUAUUUGACGACGUUUGAAUGAUGUGUUUGUUGUAUAUAUAAGGCAUUUCUGUGUGUGUUUGGAGUUCGUCUCCACUGCUGUUUGAGCCCCGUGUAAAGGCCGCACCACUUCGUCAUCGAUCAAAGUGUUUUAGAGUUUUUAUGUAGAAGAAUUUAUUUUUAUUUGAUCCUUUAUUUGAAUUAUUUUCAUGUUUUCUUUUUUAAAUCAGACUUUUUAAGCUCCUCGGUUAAUAUAAAGCUGGUUUCUUCUGUUUGUUUUAUUUCUGUUUGUGAUUUUAAAUGUUUUUUUCCGUGUUACCCGUGCCAUCUCACACUUAAAGGUGGAAUCACAGUUACAGAAGGUUGUCUGGUUUUCAGUCCUGUCAGGAAUUAUUCUCUAACUCUAAAUCAAAAAUAAUCUGGCAUUUUAAGAAAAUGCUUUCUUAUUUCGAUAAGGCUGUACAGGAUUUCCUACACUUGUAUUUUAAUCACAAACUGUUCUGGUCGCUGUCGAGACACUGAUUAAAAACAGCUCUGACAAUCAGAGUUUUUACUGAGACCUACGAUAGUCUAUGUCUUCACUUUGGGUUCAGUUUUACUGAUAUUUGAGAGUGUAUACUUUCCUUAUUGUGCUAUUUCAAAGUUAUGGAAUAAAACAUAAACUCAGACAAUCAAGAUUCAAUUUAAGACAUGCUUUAUGGCCCAAAAACUUCUAAGUUCACCUUUUGUUUCAGACCUGAUAUGAAGUUUCUCUUUAAUGGAACUUCUUGUCACGUAGAUUCUGAGGCUGAAUUUGGUUUGAAUUUGUCCCGACAAAAAGAGAGGUGUCCAGAUUUUAGAUGUAAAUUUGUUUGUCAAGUUUGUUUUGAGGCUAUUAAAGGGAUAUUCAGCGUAAAAGUAAUUUAGGGUCAAUCACACAGUAACACCGAGUUAGACACCCUCUCUCGAAAGAUGAAUGUUGCGGAGCGCUUGCUUCUCUAGUUAUACCAACUUUAGUAAUGACACGGCGGUCCACGUCUCCACAUGCAAACCUCAACCAAAACGCCACUCUAUAGCCACAAAUAAUGCUCAGAACAGCACCUAACUUCAUCAACAGGACAUAUAGGGUCCCAGCCAUAGUACUAGCCACCAAACAUCUUUUUAACUUUGACUCAUUUCUUUAGCAAAGAGACUAAACACAACUCACCUACUCUCUUCCAGCAGCCGCUUGUUUGUGGGGGGAGCCCUGACGAGUCAAUCACCAAAUGCAGCGGACAAUGUAUGAUUAUUACUUCAGAGAAAUGAUCCGCUGCACUCUGUGAUUGACUCUUCAGGGCUUCCUGAUUUCCCUCAUAGACUUUUAUACUAUUUGAUAAGCCCCCUUGUGGACAUACGGCAGAAUGCACUGCCUUUACUUUUGAGGAUUUGGAUCCAUUCAUGUGUUUUUCACACAGUAACAGAUCUCUGCUCUGACUGCUGAUAACAAACAGACAGUAAGAGACAGUUCGCCCACUUUUCCAAACGCAGCAGACUGAAACUAAAUCCCUUUAAAACAAAAAUCCUCUCAUCAAGUUGUCUUUGUCUUAAAGUAACUGGCUCUCUUCUCCAUGUGACCGCAGGUUCCUGAGGGCUGCAGGGUGGCCGGGCGAUUUGAUUGGCUGGUGGAGGGCUCACGCUGGUGGCUGAUUAUUGGUGGUGGGGGUGGUGACAAAGAAAGAAAGAGAGGGAGAGAGAGUAACGAGGAAAGAGGAAGUGGGGUGGGGAGACAGGUUUGCAUGUCUGCAUGCUCACUCACCGUCACUGUCAUCAGCAAAGGAUUCUGGGAUACCAGAGGUUGGUCUAGUAGAGAAUUAGAUACACUUAAUUAAAGCCAAAGACAGGCAUCAGUUUUCCAUGAGUUCCUCCAUGACCUGCAGGAGGUUUUCCCAGAACAUAGUGACCUUUCAGACACAGACAUCCUCUCUGCACCCAGUUACAAAAAAAACUUCUGCUUCAUUAUUUAUCCGUGAAGUUAGUGUCCUCAUCCCUGCAGGAGCUGAUCAAAGUUUGGAGGGAAAUAACUCUCAAAAGCUGCUUGUCUUAAGUUUUCAUUUAAACCCUGUAUGUUCCCAUUUUAAUGUGCAAAACGAGGCUCCAUGGGUCCUUGAAGACCCCUUUGCACUUUGCUUUGUGGUGAGGAAUUUGGUCUUUUUUAAAGUCAAAAUAAUAUAUUUCUUUUGGUGCCUUUCAGAUCCAGUUGUGUAUUUUUUGUUGACAAAAAGAGCCACCACGAAAGCUUAAGUCGUUGUUUAGUGUUUUCAGAAAUGGUGAAGACUAAAAAAGUUUUUUUUUUUUUUUUAUUGACUCAUAAUUUUUUAUAACAUCUUUCUCCUCUUUUUGUGUGCCUUUGCAAGUUCAUGUGCAAAUCUGUUUUGUGUAAAUGUUGCAGAGCAGCAACUUUAUCACCUAGAAACGUGCCUGACUUCUUUUACUAAGCAAGAUUUUAAGGUGACGAGACUCUAAAUCUUCCAAAUUUUCCUCCAAACUUUUGGUCCAGCUCCUUGCGAGAGAAACCCAUCUCACCUAAAACUCAGGAUGUUAGUUUGUCUCAGAUUUUAGGGCCAGUCAAAGUUUUCGUUACUAACAAAAUCAGUGUCCGCUGCUCCUAAUCCUCCCUCUCGCCGUCAUCAUCAUCUGUGCUCUGUUGGUGAUGUCUGCCUGCCUGCCUGCCUGAGCCACUCUGCUCCUCAUGCCUGCCCUCACCAUCAUACAGUCGCAUGUUUUAACGUGUCCCAGUCAUGAUCAGGUGUCUGUGACUUGAACUGCAUUUUGAAGGCUGAUUUGAAGUUGAAUGUGUUUCACCAAAGUCCAGCAUGGUUUUAUUUCUGUAUGUCGAAUGUUUCCCAAAUCAGAGCAGAACGCAGGACGAUCAGGUGAAUACACACCCUCUCUACCACUCUUUCUUUUCCCACCUUCCUCUGCUCUUCUUCCUCGAUUGUGAUCGCACCAGUUGACCAGCAGGUGGCGGCGUCCCCUCACCGAACACCAGCUCAGCCUCAGCAGGACUGAGCGGCUUUAAACGGCGAACAUGAAAAGGAACUUCACUCUGCCUUAAAUCAUGCCAGGAUUGUUUUGAACACGACUUCUGCGUGACUACGUCUCCCAUCAGCCACCUGGGCUCAGCCUCACCCCCCCUCCCCCCUUCUUCAGGACUACAUCUAGCAUAAAACAUUUCCUCCCAUCUUAAUCAGUUGUAAUUGUGAAUGUGACAGCGUUCGCACACAUGUACCACCGACAUGCACGCAGGUACGGAAAGCCAAACAGGCCAAAAGACGAUCUCAUGUGUUCGGCUUUCCGUACGUGUGUAAAUGUGUGCGUGUGUGUCUGUGUUACCUGUGUGACGUUAGUUUUUACCAUUGAAUGAAUUGUACAUAUUAACAUCGUUAAUGUCAUGCUGAAUGUGUUUCCAUGGUGAUUGUUUUUAAGGUUUGUUUGAUUGACACUUUUCAUGAGAGACAACAAGGUUUGAAUCGAACUGACGCACUUUGCCCUGAAGUACUACAGCAUUUGAAUCUGAUGGAAGGAGCGAGUGAAUAAAUGAAUGAUGAAUGUUUGAAGUUAAUGAAUGACCACUGUGGCAGGAAGAAAAAGAAACAGCUUAUUAAUUCUCUCUCUUUCAAAUGUUUUUAUACUCUUUUUAUAAUUCUGGACGAGCGGAGACCGGCUUGUUUUGCAUGAUUUUCUACCGUCUUUGAACCCACUGAUUGUGUUUUUUUUAAGCAUUCACUUCAUCUCUGUGGUAGAGGAACAAAACUACAAUACUCCAGUCAAGUUCGGCUUUGUUUUGAUGCUAUUUUUAAAAGUGCCACUUAUAAUUCUGCUGUUUUAGAUCCGAACAGCAGGUGGCAGCACUUUGAUUGCAGUCUGUUUCUGAGAAGAAGCUGUGAAAUGUACAGAAUAAUGCUGUAGGUGUUGUAACUUGAACUAUCCCACCUUUGUUUCUUCUGUCAGCAGACAUUGUUGGAAAAACAAUAACAUUAAGAGUCAUUUCGCAAAGGUUUAAAAGUAAAGAACCAAUGAGCUUCAAUCGUGUGCAUCAAAAAGCAAAAGUCUUGCACACCUGUAAGCAGUGGUGGACAACAUACUUGAUUUUUACUCCAUGAGACCAUUCUUAAACUCACAUGGUACAGCUUCAAAAUAACAGGAACAAUAAUAAGAACAUCGAACCGUGGAUAAUAAAGAGCAGAAAAAAAGUUUUCAUGUUUAAUCUGGUAUAACUCUAUUGUUAAUCUUUUUGUUUUUUGAUGAUACUUGUCAACCAAAUCAGUCGAUGCUUUUUGCUCUAAAUAUCCAACGUCACGGAUCUUCAGUCGAGUUGAAACUGUGCAAACUGUAAAAUCAGACGUGUGGGAUUGCGUGUUACAGAUCAGAGUAAACCUUAUUUUUCUGUCACUUUUGCGACUAGAUGUUCAACAAUAACAAAGUGAUGUAUCGUUCAUCAAUCACUCCAUAUUAUAAUUUGAAAAACAGCAAAUGAAGCCUAUCAGGUUUUACGUCUUCCAAUGCAUGUUUCGAUCCGAGCCCAAAGAUCUUAAAUAAACUAUCAUGUUAAAUGCAAAUCAUCACAUCGUAGGGGCUACAAAAGAAGAAACGGAGCUGGUUUUAGCACCAAAAUAUCCCAGUAAUUGUAUAUGUGCACUAACGUGACCUUAAGAUAGAGACAGUCAUGUACAGAAGUGUUUCAGUGUCAGUGUGCUUGCAGAGCAUUUCCCACCAACUCCAAAACCUUGCACUCUGAACUUUUCUUACUCUUAUUUUUCUGUUUAGGUCAGCCAGCUUUGAGUGUAAUGUCCCUUUAAUGAAAUAACACAAUGCCAGUAGCGUCACAGCAGCUUUAAAAUGAGCAAAACUCACCACUGAGGUUAAUAAUUCACCACUAAUAUCAUGCUAAAACUGUGAGCUGAGUGUGAAAAAUCCACUGUGUGUAAUCUGAACGUUAUGCAAAAACCACAUCUUAACCAAUCAGCUUUGAGAGAUCAGAUACGAUGGUGAGUUCUCAUAAAAACCUAUCCAACUGUGAGCAUGGCGCUGUUAACCAGCAAGCAAAAAGUAGACAUGGUCUUCUUUGACAUUCCUCUUCUUUUCUAAACUCAGAUUAUCACGUGUGUUCUGUGGAAAUUUGUAACAAACAUGUACAGAUCCUCUCCAAGACUAAACGCUAAUAACAGUAAACAAACUCGUCAGCAGGUACAGUGAUUUUAACCAUCCAAACAUGUAAAGUUGUAUGUUCUUACCAUGUUGUAUAUGUUGUAAUAAUAACCAAUGGCAGUACUUCUCUCCAUAAUGUUGUGCACAUCUUUUUACUUUGAAUGUUGUCAGACACUUUGUGAACUUUUUUUUAAUCUUCCCUCUGAGAUAUUGUGCUAAUAAAAUAAGCAGCAGUAAAGUC